AUGAAAUCCACAGGCUUCAUAUCAGGGGAGCAGGUGCAUGAAAGCGUGGACACAGAUUUAUCAAUCAGAAUUAUAGCUGUGCGUGUCACCUCAGGUAUUUAGUGUAUGUGCACUCUAGUAUUGAUCUGAUGUAUCUUUUUAUGCACAAGGCCCCUGCAACAUCUGCAACUCCUCAAGUGGCCACUAGAGGCUAGCUUCAAAUGUGAUUUAACCCCUAUAGAGCCUGGUACUUGAAAUGUUUUUGCCUUAAAACCUUAUUUCUACUUUUUAAUAACUGCAAUUUAAUUUGAACAUCAGUUUUAAUAAUAAAAAGGGUAAGAUGCUUUAAGUUCCACUGCGAUCUUUUUUUUUCUACUACUUAAAGUGUUCUCAGUGGUCUUUAAAUUGUGAUUAUGAAGUUUUUAGCCAAAAUGGUGUUAUUUGUGUCAUUUUCAACGACUUUUCUUCCGCAGAGCUCCAGUAGAUCAUUAGCAAUUCCCUUCUGUGUCGUGGGCGGAGACAGCGCUGCUAGCUUGUAGCCUAACAUUGCCGGUGUAGUAUAACUGGCAGGUAACAUAGGAGCUAUUCAGCUCUCAGGCACUACUUUUUUGGGGGGACAUGAUGAAAGCUAAUAUCAUAAUUAGCUUCCUUAUGAGCAUUGCAAUUCGCUAGCGCACACGCUUGUUCCACGAUUCACAGCGAUUUGAAUGCAGAAAUACUCAGAAAUGCAGUUUUGCACUUAGCAUCAGAAAAAUGCCAUUUGAACAAGUAAAAAAACAAGAAAAACAAGAUUUUCAUUGGGUUGGGUCUAUAACAAAACUUUUUGGAGUUAUCCUCAAGUGGUCAUCCAAGGAACUGCAGGCACUUUUCCUGAGUAACUUAAUACAACUCUGAAAACUGAGUAAAAGAAUCGCCCAAUCCCUACUCCAUCUUCAACAGUCUACAUAGGUGUGGAGAUGCAAAACAGCUAAGUGGAUAUCUGGGUUCUAAUUCCCAAUUUUCCAGUCUGAUGGCAGCCACAGCCUGAGGUCAGAGUAGAAACUAUCUAUCAGGACUUUCUUCUGACCCCCUCUCUUCCUCUCCUCAGCAGCAGCAGAGACAAAUUGGACAAUAUAGAAGUUGUUGUGUUGCAUCUGCAGGACAGUUUCAUGUAUGGGGUUUAUUGGCCAUAUUCUUCACAGAGGAGGACGCUUGAUUAGAAACAUAAAGCAGGAGCUGAACCUCCGGCCGGCUCCUGCGAUGUGUCACUGCAGGAGAAACUCAUUAGUGCUGAGAAAUGAGCCUCCUGCUAAUAUGGCUGCAGAAUUAUGCUCUCUAUCACAGGCUCGCUGAGUGUUUGGCAUUUUUCAAUUUAAUUAAACAGUCAGUAAUCUGGUUGUAAAAGCUUCUAAGGUUUCCAUCUUUAAUGUUACAUGAAUAUGACACGGCGAUAGCUCAGAGCAGAGCUGCUGUUUAAUAAGAGGGAAGCUGUUGUUCCUGCUUGGUGCUAAAUAACGCAGAAUAAUUGAGAUUUAUGCACAGAGAGAUAUUUUAAUAAUUACUCGACACUUUGAUAUAAAAUCCACCGACAGGCUGGACUUUUCUCUUCAGACUGAUGACAGACCUGCAGGGCGAGGGUCACAUGGCCCGUUAGAGCUGCUGAGUGAAUCUACUGCCAUGUUUUCGUCUGUCUGAAUGUUACAUACAAUGAGUUUUAAUGCAGAAAAUGGUACAAUGGGUGUGUUUAACUAUUGAUAACUGAACUUUUUUCUUUUAAAACCUAAGAAAGGUCACUAAAUCAAGCUCUAACAUAAAAACGAUCAUAUACUUUUAUGAGAAAGAGUUGCAACAAAUAGGAACAAGAGCAGUUGAACAGGCCAAAGUGGGUCACUUGAACAAGGCAGGAAUAAACAUCACACAGAUGCUUGUCACCGUAAAGCAGAUAGUCCAUGUUGAAAAGGACACAGACUCUUCCAGGGUGGGUUUCUAAAGCCAGGAGCAGCUGCAUUUCUUCAGCCCACCUUAUUUUGACUCCUGACAGGACUGAUUCUUCCAGAAGUGCCCCUAAAACACACCAGCAGUCACAGAGACAGUCAUUUUCCAGAAGCUGCAGUGUGUGUUUGGCUCUGGCAGGUUUACCCCGUGGUGUCAGUAUCACACCUCCUCUCCUUGACAGACUCCUGCUCCUGUCAGUCGGCCAAAACAAAAAACUACUGUCACACAGUGUGAAGUGGACCUGUGGUGAGUAUGUCUGACAUGCAAUUAAAAGCAUACUUGCAUUAUAUAAAAAAGCCUGAGUUUCUUUAGGUAAAACACUGGAACCAAGAGGUUUUAAUGCAUGCAAAUAAACAGAAGUGCAUACAACACCUUCAAUACCCACUCCAGUCCAAGUGUGAUCAAUGUUUUGGUCUAAAUGUUAAGAAAAUGAACUGCCAAAUAACCUUAACUGUAAACUGUAGAGCUAUAUUGAUUUAUAUAAAUGCAUUGUAUAUAAUGUCACCUUUUUUGUUUCAUUUGUUUAAUUUGUGUUUUGCAUUAUUUUCCCUGAGUCUACAAAUCAGUGCUGGCCCGGCAUCCCAUUCACGCAUGCGCACUGAGGCAGCUCUGAAUUCGAAACCAAGCGAGGGAAAAACAAACGAGCAGCACGAGCUCCGGUAAGUUUAUCCUAAUCUAAAGCAUUCGUUUAUAUUUUGCUAUGUGAAUGUUUUACACAAGAAACUGAAUGUAUUCAGUGUGUUUUAGUAUAUUUAUUUGUUUGAAACCUCCCUAUGCUUUGAAACGAAUUUGAAUCCAAACUUCGUAUACAAACCCUUCGAUUUUGACAUGCAUUGCCCAUUAUCGGUAUUUUUCGCAAAUGAAGCAAUUUUAAACAUUGUUUUACAAAUCUGCGCAUCCCCAUUUCAAAUCCGGCUUACUGUUCUGACAACGUUACGCUUUCUUUAUUCGUUAAAUCGGGCUUGUUUGUGGUACACUGUCAGGGAUCAACGUAGAGCUCCACAGGUGCGCAGCUGUACUAAUCAGUCAAAAAAGUAGCCAAACUAUUGUAUGUACCGUUGUAAAUUGUGUUUAAUGUCCGCCGAUUUUUUCAUUCGCGUCUGCUAAUUCAGAAAAAUUAUUAUCAAUGUUUCUGUUGUCCGCGCAACGAUGUAGAAUCGCUAAAACGUAAAAGUCAAUGGUUUUGUAAUGCAGUUUACGUUACCCAAACGUUUCAACGUAAACAUGAAACGACAGAUUGACGCUUUUUGCGAACAUUUGUGCUAUAUGCCUUUAAGUGUCUGUUGAAAUCAAAUUGCACACUUUAAAGGAAGACGGGUGUGUUUGUGAGGAGAAGCUAAACCCCCUUUAGUUGUGUGUUUGCUAGCAAGCUAACCAGCAUGCUAACGGCCAAGGAGCGAGUAAACGGAGUUAAAUAGUGUGAACAUUUGAUGACAUUUUGGUAUGUGGUGAGAGGAAUGUUGAGUCUUUGUGUAUUUCUCUCUGUUCGACUGCACAAAACUUCUCCUGAACUUCUCCCUGUUUUUUUGGGGGGGUGGUUGACAUCCUGGGUUGUCAAACUACCGCCCACUGGUGCACAUGCUUAGACACCGCCACAACAGCACAAGUACAGAGAACCCUUGUAACUUAAAUGAGUCUGGGUUGUAAGCGGAACAACACUAUGGGAAGCCGGAUAUUUUGUUAGAAUAGAGAUGGAAUAGAUGGAAUAGAGAUAGAAUAGAGAUGAUGUAACCGGCACAGACAUGUAGAUGUUUAAACCUGUGCUGGUGGUGCUAGCUCUGCUAAUGUGAGACACACUUGAUGCUGUUUCCUGUCAGAUGCUGAGAGUCAAUUUAAUCGUGCUAAAUAUUGUUUUCAUAUCUUUGGACUUGUCAGUUAUUCAGAAUUCUUAUUCCCCUUAGGUUGACUGGUAAAUUAGUUGUUAAGAAGCAUUUUUAAUGCUGACCAAUCGUACAGUUUUCUCCUCUGCUGUGGUCAUUGAGGUAAAAGGCAGCUGUUUGUUUCCUCUCCACACAACGCUGUGGCAUAAAUCAACAUUUUUAUGAUCUAGUGGUGCCUGUCAGUUGCACAGCAGUGACAUGUUAUUCAUGUUUUUGUCCCAGUCAGUCAUAAAUGAUACAAUGCUCAUCAGUGUGACGUUCACUGCCAUAGAUUUGGUUUGUGACACAGCAAAAUACAGCAUCCACCCGCAGCUUGUGUGCAAACUCUCCAUGUCUGCAAAAUGCUGAAGGUGGGAAGCUGAGAUGCUGAUAUACUAGAGCCUGCUGCUCUUCAAGUUUACAAAUCACGUAACUGUAGGAAAUCUGACAAAUCAUCAUUACAGCUUGUAGAUUGAUGAAGGUCUGAAAAAACAAUGGAUUGUAAAUAUACGGGAUGCAGCGGACCACAAAUCUCACAGUUCAGCUCGGUUCAGGGACUUCUGAUCGCAGUUCAGAUCAUUUUUCAGAUGGACAGAAAAACUGAGCCAUGGGCCAGACUCAGCAUUUGAAAAACUGUGAGUUUUGUAAACAUGGUGACUCUGUAAAACCUGAUGAAGGUCGUCAGAAAAGGGGGACACAUAGAAAGGUUUAAGAUAAAGUGAAUGAGAGCAGCAGCGUGUUCAUCUGCAUCUUAUAAAACACAACUCGCUCCAGUACAGACACGCUCACACAGGAACAAUCCUCCCUCCACAUCUAUUCUGGGAGUUUCUUUCUCUUUUUUUUUUUUUGGUUCUGCUGCUGUUGAGCCUCAAUUUCUCUCAUCCCCACAAAAGAGAGAAAGAUUAUGCAAAUAUGGAGAAAAUAAGGUUUGUGUCUUGGCAAACUCUCCAGCGUCGGCUGAACGAACAGAGAGGACACUUAUGGGAUUUUGACACGCAGAGGCUGUUUGUAAGGGAGGAAAAAACCAAACCCUGUGAGGCAGCAUCGCUACACGGGCGCUGCUCUCUCUCUCUCUCUGACAUGUUUGUGUUUUCACUUUGUUCUGAUUGGCUGAGGUUUGGCAGGAAGAUUAAUUAACGUCAUUUUCUGUCUCACUUCAUUUCCCACACAAAGGAAUAGUAAAACAAAACAUGGCAGGUUUAACAGAGAGGGACCAAGAGUUAUCACCCUCUCUCUCUUCUCUCUUCUUCAUAAUGAUGCAAUAAUUAUGAUAUAUUCAAACACGCAUCCAUUAGCCACUCAUGCCCUGCUCAGUAGCCCUUUACUCUUGAAAGGCAGGAAUCACAUUGUUCCAAAUAGGCCAGUAUUUCUGCAGAAUCAGAAUUGUGUUGGGUUUAUUUCUAUGCUGCUCCAUCUUGGUCGUGAUGUUUGUUGAUGCAUUCGUGAUGCAGGGCUUUGUUGGUCCUGAGGUAAUCUGGUUAAACAGAAGUCCUUGAUCCAGCUGGUUAAUGUGCAGUAUUGACUGUAUCACAAAGACACGGUGCUGUGCUGUGCUCUUUGUUUAAAACUUUUGUGAUAACUUGAUUUGUCUAAAGCAUCUAUAACAAAUUAAUAAGAAAACACUCUAAAGUGAUGAAUCUUAAAGGGAUGUUCCGGUGUAAAUUUAAGUAAUGGUCAAACACAUCGUAACACUGAGUUAGACACCUCCUCGAGAAAUGAAUGUUGCUGACUGCUUGCUUCUCUAGUUAUACCAACUUUAGUAACAACCGCAUGAUAGCAAUACACAGCGAUCUAUGGAUCCACACUCAAACCUCAACCAAAACACCACUCUAUAGCCACAAAUAAUGCUCAGAACAGCACUUAACUUCAUCAACAGGACAUAUAGGGUCCCAGCAAUAGUACUAGCCACCAAACAUCUUUUUAACUGUGACUAAUUUCUUUAGCAAAGAGACUAAACACAACUCACCCACUCUCCUCCAGCAUCUGCUUGUUUGUGGUCUGUAUAAUCUCAGAACUGCUUGCAAAUUUACUGUACAAAAAGCUAAAAAAAGUUAUGAAAAGGAGAUGUGUCUCCAUGACUGGAGUUAAAUUCUGGAAUGAUGCCAACAUAAAUCUAAAAACACAUCAUUCUUUUUUGGUUUUUAAGAAAAUGGUUUGUAAAGCUAUUUUUGAAGCUUAUAAGUGCGAUUAAUUAUCUGUUGAUUUGGUUUCUUUGCUUUUCUGGAGGUCUGUAGCCUAAAAAGUUGACACUACAGGAUAGGCUUUUAUAAGCAGUCUGCUUCUGCCUUUUCAGUCAAUAUUCAACACAUGAUUCUUGAUUAAGUGAUUUAGGGAUUUUGUGUGAAAUGUCAAUGUUGUGUACAGUAUUUAGUGUUGUCAUGACUGAAUAAACGCCUACUACUACUACGAAAUGCAAUCGGACUGAGACACGAAGGCAGAAGAGCUACAGCAUCUUCAGUGCACAAACAAGAUACAGUAAAACUCUGAUUGCAUUUCCAUGAAGUAAUAAUCAUAAAUGUUCUUCCUUGAGCUGCGAAACCCCGCUGCACUCAGUGAGCGACUCGUCAGGGCCCCCCCACAAACAAGCUGCUGCUGGAGGAGAGUAGGUGAGUUGUGUUUAGUCUCUUUGCUAAAGAAAUUAGUCAAAGUUAAAAAGAUGUUUGAUGGCUAGUAUGAUGGCUGGGACCCUAUAUGUCCUGUUGAUGAAGUUAGGUGCUGUUCUGAGCAUUAUUUGUGGCUAUAGAGUGGCUUUUUGGUUGAGGUUUGUUUAUGGAGGCGUAGACCGCUGUGUAUUGCUAUUGUGCGGUCAUGACUAAAGUUGGUAUAACUAGAGAAGCAAGCGGUCUGCGACAUACAUCUUUCGAGGGGGUGUCUAACUCGGUGUUACGGUGUGUUUGACAGUAACUUAAAUAAACACCGGAAUAUCCCUUUAAUUAGUGAUGUUUCUGAAUCAACAUCAGAGUGACUUUGAUUCGUAAACUGCACAAAACACAGAUGCAGCAUCUGUGACGCCAGCGUUUUGUUUCUGAAGCUGAGUUUACUGACUCAACCUAACUUUCAGUUACCUUGGCAACAGGCAAAGAGGUGGAGUUCAGCUGAGUCUGAUUGGCUCCCCUAACAGCUACUGUCUGCAUACCUGUCAGACAUACAAACCCAUAACCUUAAAUCUUCCGAAUUAAUGCGUUAUAAAAAAAAUGUCAACAUCCUCCAGGAGAGAAAAAUGAUCUUUUCAGACCAAAACCUUUUUUUUUAUUUUGCUGAGAUGUGCUUUUAUGAACGGGUUUGCACACAGUUUAUGGAGUUUUUACAGUCAGCCUCAAGCAGACACUCGAGGAGACCAAAACUGAGAAGGCAGGGAAGUCAGGUUUAACAAGAAUUCAGAGAUCAACCAUCACAAAUCACCUUCGAUGAUUGGAUUCAGUCUCUGAAUGUCGCACAAACACACACUAGAUCACUGAAGAUCUCACGAGGUCGCUUCAUCAGACCGUUCUGUCUUCAGAGCUGAUAUUGGAAGAGCAAUAAUAAUAUGUUGUAUAUGACAGCCUCGACUCCUGAGUUGAAUUAUUAAACCCCAAGUACAAAAUGUUCCCAUUUUUUCAGAUGGAUUUGGAAGAAAACAAAAAAACAACUUUUCAAUCAAUUCAGUCUUUGCAUGUUUUCCCUUUAUUGCCUGCUGUCAUUUAGACCAACUGAUUUUCUAAACUAAAUUUUCAGACAUCUUAUCACCUGUUGGGGAAAAAAAAGUGUUUUUAAAACAGCUGCUAAUGACUUCACAUGUCGAAUAGCAGCAUCAUCCUCAGCUGUACAGAUGACUUCCAGUUCUCACCUUCUGUUCUUUUCAGUCGAGAAUCCGUGGUCUGAGCUCGGCUUUGCUGUCUCAUACUUUCUUCCCGACAUCCUCGACUGUCUUUUGAGUUAUUUGUGUGGUAAAGGGACCCUCAGCUGAGCCCCUGCCUUUGUUAAAACCCCACUCUUUCAUUGUGAAUUUGCAGCGUGUCUCCAGGUUGAGUUCGAGCCAUCUUUCUUGUGGUGUGUUUACAGUCACUCUGGAUGUUUGACAGCCUUUCUUUACAUGAUGAGCGAUCGUUUAAAAUGUCUCUAAUCCUACGGCAUUAUUUACUGGAUACCUUGCAUUGCUAUGAGGAGUGUUUUUGACAAAUCCUCAGUGCAAUCAAACAGUGUUAUUAAGCUGUCAUCCUCUCUGAUAGAGUAAUUACAGACCUGCUGAUCCUGUCAUCUUAGCCGACAGCUUUGGCCCAGAGCUGUUCUCAGCUAAAAAGUGAGAUUUUAUUACAGUUGGAGUCAUUUUUGCACUGAGGUGAUACCAUAAUGGCAGCUCAUUAAACCUCUAACCAUCUCUAUUAAAGCAAUAAAAAGAGUCUCUGUGGAGCCUGCAGUCAGCAACUCUGCAGUGUUUCAGUCUCGGGAGGCGUACCCCCCAAAAUACCAGCUUCUAUAGAAGACAUCCUCCUCGCCAUGAAGGCUGUAUUUUCAAUUUAAUUAACUAUGAAAAAAGUUUGCAAAAGUCACAUAUGCUCAAUAGGGCUGAUUUGUUUGGCCUAAAAUAGUCUUCUAACAUUUUUAAAACCAAAAGCUGCAAAGUGCACAAAAGGUACUUUGUUAAAAAGUUCUGCUUCAGACCUGCUUAUCCUCAUCAAGUCUUUGUCUGCAGCAACUGAAUGUUAACACAAGUCCACUUUAACAUGAUUCUGCUGUACAGAGAAAGCUUUGCCUUACUGUAUGUUCGAGAACACCUUCUCUAGACUGGUGUUUACUUAAUUGGCUACUUGCAUCUAGUGGUGCAACGGAUCACAAAACUCACGGAUCGGAUCGUUCCUCGGAUCAAGAGUCACGGAUCGGAUCAUUUUUCGGAUCAGCAAAAAGAAAAAAAACAAGACAAAUAAAAUAUAUAAAAGUAGUGCACAGGGCAUAAUAUGUUCUUUUUAACAUAAUUAUUAAUGAAAAACAACUUAAAGUGCAAUAUACAGGCAUAUCUCCUUCCUUUAAAAUGUAACAAUGAACCAAAAAUGAAGUGUGUGCGCGAUGGGAUGUCGUAACGUGGCUCAAGCACUUUCAGCAUGUUUUUAAAGCCCUCGUUUUGCACAACUGAAUACGGCCUCAUGUCUGCAGCUAUAAACACACCGAUAGAGUUUGUGAAAGCUUUAGCCUGGUCGGAUUGCGCAGAUAGAGGCUGCUUAAAUACUGCGGUGAUGAGCGGUUGUUGGGCAGCUUUCGUUUUAGCUCAGGUGUUAUGCCAAAGAAUGCACCCCUGCCGUAUAGUGCACCCCCUAACGGGAGCGCGGUUGAAAGUACAUAACAAGGCGAAAUAAUACAAGUUUUCCUUACGUUGGAUGUAUUCAACAGCGUUUGCCUUUAAUAAUUUCAUUCAGGCUAUUCAUAUCAAAUAUGAGAUCAUUAUCUCCACUUUAAGAAGCUAACGGGUGGAGGGGAUGCAGGGGGUGCGUUCUACGGCAGGGGUGCAAUCUACGGCACAACACCUGUCAGUAAAACACCCGGGUGAUGUCGCUUCAAAUGCGUGAACAUGCUCGAUGUGUUUCCACUGUCAUAUGGCUUUCUUAUGCCACAGUGCCUACACUCCGUCGCAGUUUUGUACACUGACCUCUUUCCUUCUUCAUCAUAAUUGACAGGGAAGCCAAAAUGCUCCCAUACAGGGGAUUUAAGUGUCGCGGGGCGUUCGAGCUCCUCCUUUCUCCGCUUUCAGAAAUCGAUCCGCGGAUCACAUGUGUGCCGAACCGAAUACGUCGAUCCGAACGGAUCACGGAUCAAUGAUGAUCCGUUGCACCACUACUUGCAUCCAAUCAAAAUGUCAUUUUUCAUGUGAAAAACACCUUUUUUUAUUUAGAGAUCUCACUCUGUGCAGCAGAGCUCAUGAUGCUUUGUGCAUUUCUGUCAGAGUGGAGUGACGGGCUGCCACUCCGAGUGAACAGAAUCAAAUAUCAACGAAUUUUUAGACAUUUGAAUCAAAUAGAAACCUAGAAUAUCGUUCAAACAGCUCCAGUUAACUAAAUAGAACUUCUCAUGGUACGCAAUGGUUGGGGAGUGAUUAUUUCUUAAUGCUUCCGGCUGAAACUGCAGGAUUCAGCACAUGUCUUUAGCCUGGAAGUUGAACAGCAUAAAUUUGUUGUUAGAUAGCUGGGCGGCUAACAAAACCUUGAUCAACAAAGAAGAAGAAACUGUUGUAUCAUACAAAGAACAUGUAUUGAGCUGUAAAAGUGAAGGUGUUUUCAUCGUUCGAUGUACGUUCUGUGUGAACCACUGCUGAUGCGUUAUGACGAUUGUUUUGGUACAAAAUAGGACACAACCCAAUUGUAACGAGCAGAAAUGAGGCACUAUAGCUCCACUUAACUGUGCAUGUACAUGUACUGAGUGUGAAGUGUAGGGCUUGGAAAUAUAGCCUCAAAUCAAUAUCGCAAUAUAUUGAGCAGUUCAUCUCAAUAACGAUAAAUCACGAUAACUACUCUACAAGCUGCUCACCCCCUCCCACAUUAACUUCAUCUACUUCAGCCGCUACAACUUUUGAACCGUCCUCCAUCUCCUCACCUGUCUCUUUGUUACGGACUGGAUGGGUUGGAGUCACAUCUCUGACACAGAAUAUACUGUUAUGGGCAAAAUGAUGUUGGUUAUUGUCAUAAAUUUCGGUAUCGGUAAAUUUUUGGUUUAUUGCCCAACCCUAGUGUAGUGCUUGGUGACAUUUAUCAGAGAGAAACUGGUGAAAGCGCAGGAUGAUUUUCAUAAGUUUGUUUGAAAUAAUUUACACAGCAAAUGAGCCUUUUAAUCAGAUAAGAAAAAAGUAUUAAUUUUUUUUAACUGGGUUGAAAAAUGCUCAAAUAAGUCUCAUAUUUGAUUUGAUGUGCUGCCGUCCUGUUGUAGUGAAUUACAGCCAAACCAUCGUUUUGUUCUAUGACUGCAGGGACCUGCAGACUCAGUCCUCUUUCUCUGUGUACAGUGGUUCGUAUUUUUGAGUUUGUGUCAGAUUCUCCUUAUCAGAAGGUCCAGGGGACGCUUCAUUUCUUUCUCUGCCCCCUGGGGAGAUUUCUGCAACUCCUGCAGCAGAGGGAAGUCCUCCAGUCUGCAUGAAAAUAAACCUUUUAGAUCUGUUUUUGCAUCCUGGGGCUGAGGAGGAGAUAAGACGUAUGAUUUGUUGGGAUUCAGAGAUAAAAAACACCAUCCAGAGCACAGACUGUGUGUAUCAUUCCACCUCCUGCGGUCCUGCUGAUAUCUGAAUAUUUGAAGCUCUCGUUUUUGUUUUAAUGUUAGCUUCUUGUUCUCUCCGAAUUUCCGCCUACAAAGCACGAACAUCAGCUGAGAUGUAUCUGGUCCAACUGUGCUGUCCUCCAAUGCAAUGCCCAGCCCUACCUGGUGUGAUAUAUUUUUUUAUAACAUUACCGGUAUCAGAUCAGUACCUGGUAUCCGCCGAUACCCACAGUGCAAGUAUUGGAAUCGGUAUCGGGAGGGAAUAAUUGGUACUGCAACAUCUCUCCUUGUGUACAAAAGAGGGCUUAAGCCACAGCUUUAAGAUAUUGUCGCACUCAGGUAUAAAAAAGUUUGUCACAGGGGAAGACAGUCAGGUCAGGUCGGGUCGUUUUGGCAUCGGGUGAUACCUGCACUCAUGAAGCUGCAGAGACUUCAGGCAGGGUUGACAACGCCGAUGCUGCAGAGAAACGUUAAAAUCCCUUUAAAUGUUCAAAAACAGGAGAAAUCUAACAGUUUUUGACAACCGCAUGCCAUACAUCCUGUUUUUAGUUAUAAAUAUGUAUAAGGAGUUAAAUUUUGCUUUUACUGCUGGCAUUAAAUGUGUCCACGGUCUGAAUCUGCGGCGUAGCCCAACUCAUGGAUGAAGAUAACUGUGUGUAUCAGGUUGUAAUGUGGCUGGAAUAACUGGUGUUAUUGUGAUUAGAUUGGUACCUGUUAAUAUGCUCUGAUUUAUUGCUUUGAAUACAGUCUUGAAGUGGGUUCAUUUGGCUCCAGUUACUUUACUGCCAAUACAGCAAGUUUAGCAGCUUUUGGCAGAAGUGAUUUACUGGAAUAAUCCCCAAAUCUUGUUGAAUCCAUAAUUGGUCCAGGUUUACCUCCUCCAUAAUAGCACAUCAGACCUGAAGUUUGAGGAGCUGCAGGUUAAAGCAGGAACAGAGUGUCUUCUUUUCGGGGUUUAAACUUUUCUCCCCAGGUGGAGGUGUAAUGCAGGUGUGAGAAGUGAGACAAUUGGAAACAGCUCUGUCUGUGUCUCAGGUCCGUCUGUUUUUGUCCACAGAGAGCCUGGGACUCGGCGCUGGAGUGUGAAUUUAAGUGGUUUUAAUAAAUGGUGUUCUUUGAGCACCGCUGAGCCGCCCUCCCUCAGCACACUCCCCCUCCGCUCCCUCUGCACUCACAAGCUGCUCCUGACCUGAUAAAAACCCCUGAAAUCACCUGCUGAGCUGUGCGGCUUUAUUUUUUUAUUUAUUCAAUAGGUGAAACUGCCGGAGCGUGCCGCCUGUGGCAGCUGGAGGUUUGUGUUGUGUUCAAAUGAACCUUCAAAUUGCAGCCAACCCUGAGCUCUCUCUCGGUGUGCGUGUGCGUGUGUGUGUGUGUGGGUUCACCUCUGUCCAUAAUUAAUGAGUGUGUGCUCUGGAAGAUAGCAGUUUGUAAAACAGCAAUUAAAUAUGAGUGUGCACAGUUGAGUUUGCACGGUGAGGGAGAGUCAAUGAGGUGUUUGUAUUCAUGACAAAGUCUACUGUAACUCUGAUGCAGCGACCGAAUUAGGAGAGUGAUGACAUUAUAAACACAGUAAAUAACACUAAGUGUUAAAGUGGCAUCAUUUCACCUACAGUGUUUUCUAUGAUUUGAGGUGUCAACGCUGGUUUUUAACCUCUUACUUUGCAGCUGAGCCGUGUUUGUGUCCUUAUAAUUAAACUCCAAUUUGCUCCAGUCUCUCCUCCAAGUCUGUUAUUGGUCUCCAUCUCAUCCGAGGCAAAAAUAUCUGACUUGUUGGCUGCUAAAGGCCUCACGCUGCCCUCCAGCCUGUCUCUAGCUGUGUUUGCUGCUGAGAGGGAGUAACAGUGGGGUUUUUGGAGCUCUUUUGCUGAAAACAGCUGCCCGCUGCUGCCAAGAAAACAUUGCUUUAAGAGUGAAAGUGGACCGCACGACUAAUCGAUGAGCUGAAACAGAAGCAGCAGGAUGAGGUGGAUCUCAGAGGGUUCUUCACUCUGUUUUCACACUGUCACUAUUUCUCCAAAUUGUUAUCAUCCAUCGCACAAAGAUGUUUUUCUGAACUUGCAGGCUUACUGUGAAAUUAUGAGACACAAGGAGAAAGAAAAGGUUAGUUUAGUCCAUUUAUUAUAGAGGUUGUUAUGUUGUAAAAGUGAUAAGUGCAGGGGGCUCAAACAGCUCCAUGCUUGAGGACUGAAUAACAAAUAAGGUUUCGCCAAUAUGACGAGUCUAAACACGAAAACACCAAGAAAACAGUGUCUAACACGAGCAGAGUCAGGUUAACCUUCACAUGCCUGAAAAACUACACACAAGGGAUGAAAAUGAAAUGAAAAGUCUUUGUCUGAAAAUGAGGAAACCAAAGCCGAAAACUGAGAUGCUUAAAGAAAUUAAGAAAUAUUUAGGGCUGUUAUCAACCAAAGAAAUUCUUGGUCGACUAAAACCAAUCUGAAUUUUAGUCACCACGCAUCGACCAAUAAAUCGACCGGUCCACUAGGACUUCACAGCCCAACAAUUAGUACCAUUGCAUUUAUGGCUUGACUGUGUACUAACCAAAAUUUUCAGGAGCUGAAUUUUCUGAGCAUCCCUACUUCACACCACCCUAGUUAAGUUGUCAGUGCGCUGUUUCUCAGUUGAAGAGUUGUUGCACGAUUUCAGAUUGUUAUCAUUAAAAGAAGGAGGUGGAGCUCUGACUCGCGGUCAGAGGGGCGACUGUAAAUUUACCCCUAAACUCUGCGGUGUCUGUGGAAACAUCGCUAAACUUACUUCAGCCAAAUUUGGGUAAUUUAAUGAUAAACUUGCUCAGACAUCGCUGACAUACUCUUCUUAAUGAUUGUUGAAUCAUUAUUAAAAAAAUUGUUAGGGUGCCUUUAUUAUGAAACGGCCACAUCCAGAAAUGGGAUGUUCCCAGUAGCAGGAACUUGACAUGAUUGCUAAAACAGUAAAAGUAAAGUUGAUGUCUGAAGAUACCAGACUGCUGAGUGACUAAACUAAACGCCGACCCACCAACGCCACAGAAACCCUCAGAAUUAUUGCUUUAAGGCUGUCGGUCUCACGAAAUGAGUGGAUUUUACGGCAGCUGUUUAAGUUGAUAUUCUCUCUCAUGAUUCUUUAUCUCAUUGUUUUGUAAUGAAGGCAUUAAUAGGAGAACUAUUUGGGCUCAAACUGGAUGAAACUGGUUCUUCUUUCAGCCACUAUCUUUAUGGACUAAAAUCCAGACAUUUGUCCUUCCAUGGAUCUGACCCGAGCCUCAGAAAACAACACUACAGCCUGAGCUGAGAGUCAGGGUUCCUCCAACAGAACAGUGAUGUAUCAGAAUCUACCAGCGGGCCGUGAACAGUCUGCCUGAUCCCCGCGGUGGGACGGCAGCAGACCCCUGCCAAAUGACAAACUCGUCACCUCAAGCAGGCGGCGGUUUCCCUGCUCCUCUGAGCGUCGCAGAGACCCCGCCACUCAGCUGCUCCAGGACCCUCAUUAACUCAGAGGGUCACUGGAGUUCACCUCGACAGAUUCCUUCAUGGGGAACAGAGAGGCUGAGAGGGACAGUGUCCACACACCAGACCUGACUGCAGGAGAGGGGGACUCUUCAUGGUCCAAAGGCCUGUGAUAAAAAAUGCAGAUUCAUGUCUCAGUGAAACAAAAACUACAAAUUUUGUCGUGAAAGCUGCUAAAAUCUCAGAGUCCUGCCUGAUGAUGAAGCUGCAGGUGUGGGAGAGUCUGUGAACCUGCAGCUCAGACUGCAGGGUGACCUGUCACAGCUGCAGGUCAUCUCCAAAAACCGUCUGCACCUCCUUCUAUCCACCGCUAUGACCUCAUGAAUGACUCAGUCCUCAUCCGCUAUUCGGGCCUGUGGCUCCUCCCCUCUGGUCCAAAUCUGAGAGGUUUAUUUGAUUUUCUUUUUUCCCGUGUGGGUUUUCUGGCUGACUGAGCAGCUGAGUGCACAGCCGAGUGAGCAGCUCGUCUGCCUCGCAGGCUGUUCCCGCUCCGCCGUCCCCGCUCCGCCGUCCUCGCUCCACGAGGUUCCACUGAGGGACUCGCCAGUCGAAUCUGCGGGAAAUCAAACUAACGAGCUCUGACAGGAAGCAACGUGCUACCUGCUGGGAACACGGCCAACACUUUUCCUGGUUUCCCCCCUGAAACGCCUCACAGACUUUAACCCUCCCAACAUGCUGUCGACAUGGAUCAGGUGCUUCCUGUCAGAGGUUUUAUCUCCUGUAAUGAGUCGUCAGCAGUGGAAGACACUGGUAUUCAAACUUCAGACCUAAAAACCACAGAUCCCAGUUUAGAUUCAUGUCUAUCAGCAGCCGAGUGUCGUGUUCUCUCAGGUAGAUCAGAGCCUGAAACCUCUGACCCUCUCUCCCCUCCAAACCACAAACUCCUGACCUGAAAAUCUGAACAUGUCAUUCAUGACCUCGUUAUUAAAAAAACAAUAAUAAGUCUCAUUAACUCUGAUCAUUGCUCUGAUUUUAAUUGUAUUGUUCUUUCAAUGUCUCUCAGGUCAACUCGACAACAUGCCCGUCCAUGUCCUGUCAGAGGGGGCGGGGCCAGGCACCCAGGUACCAAAUGACCUGACCAGGAUUCCCACCUCAGACAUCAACCCCAUAAUCAACCCCUCCAACAAAGCAGUCCAGGUAUGUUAGACUGGUUUAACUAACUAAAUAUUUCUCACAGUUUAACGCUCCUGUGAUGCACUUUUGGGUUUGUGUCAACUUUGGCGCCCCCUGUGGACAAAGCAGUCUUUUCUUAUCUUGUCGUCAACGUGCUAGAGUAUUGUCCUCCUGACUUUUGGCAGUCGAAUGUAUUGAUCGGUUUCGAACAUUAAAAAACUGCUGGUCUUGUCUGCUUUUUAAAUUCUCUCUGGGAAUUUCAAUCUGUUUCAGAAAGUUAGUUAUUUAUCGUUUGAGAUUUUGUUGUUCUCCAGUUUGGGACCUGGACUUGAGCUGCAUUUAUGUUGUACUAUAACAUGACUUGAGACCUGACUUGGACUCAUCCCUUUAGGACUCAGGACUCGACUGGUGCUCAGGGAUCCAAAGACAGCCUUUUUGUUUUGUGAUUUUGGCCCCUUAGCAUUUUCAAGCUCAGUCUCACCCUCCUAACUGCAGACACAGCUGACUCCAUGCUUAAAACAUGACCUUCAGCGGCGAUCAGCUCAGAGUUGUCCACACAUAAACUUGGAAAGCCACUUCAGUAUAUCUGCUGACCAGUUAGACUUUUUAUUGAUCCAUAGAUGAUUGCUGUUUGUCAUCAAUAUAAAAAAAUAUAAUCGAGAAAGUACACAUAUAUGAACCCAAUAUAUAUAUUUACACUCACAUACACAUGCAUAUCACAGAUUGAAAUAGGGCUGGGCGAUAUGGCCUCAAAUCAAUAUCACGAUAUAUUGAUCAGUUCACCUUGAUAACGAUAAAUGGAUGAUAACUACUCUACAAGCUGCUCACCCCCUCCUACAUUAACUUCGUCUACUUCAGCCGCUACAACUUUUGAACUUUACAACUCCAUCUCCUCACCUGUCUUUCCCUCUUUGUUGCAGACUGGAUGGGGUGGAGUCACGUCUCUGAUGUAGGACAGCGUCUUAAAGGGACAUGAGACCAUAGCCUACCUACACACAUCCAAAAACAACUUUCAUUUAUUUAUUUUUUUGACACCGAAUAUACUGAUAUGGGCAAAAUGACGUUCGGUUAUUGUCGUAAAUUUCGGUAUCUGUAAAUUUUCGGUUCAUCGCCCAGCCCUAUACCAAACCACAGGAAGCAACCUCAGUUUUUUAUGAAUUACUCACCAUUUAAAAACUCAAUAAGUCAUGUCCCUCUGCAGACAUAUCACAGAUACUUAGUUUUCUGAUUGUAAUGCAGGACCACCUGCAGAGAGGGUGUGAGACCGGUUUGCUUCCUGCAUAAUAAAAGAAAACAUCAACUCCAGCUGUUUUUGGUGAAACAUUGUAGAGAAAAGUGGAAACUGCAUACCUGUAAAAUAAAGGGAGCGAUGUGAUGUGAAGUGAAGUGGGAGUGGACAGUAAGCUUUGCUCGUCACUCUGUUUGCUGGAAAAGUUUGUGAGGGAUUUAUUAACGCAGGAAUCCUUCAUAGUUUCCCCACAACAGCUCCAGUUUGACAUCAUUAUAAGGCAGCUAAAAGCAGUGAGCUGUUUUACAGCCCUUCACAGGAAGUGCCUCUCUGCUGCUGUAGGGUUCAUAUAUUUCCCUGCACUGAUAUCUAUAUAUUUCCACCUGCCACCAUCUGUUCACUUCCACCUUGCCUGGUUUUUUCCUUCAGCGUGAAGCUGUAUUCUUGUUUUUGAUUAGCACGCCACAGGAAUACAUUUAUGAAAACCAAAGCGGCAGAAUAAUCCACCUUCUGUCUUCAGCUCAUUUCCCAGAGGCGCUCAUCAACGCUGCUCACUCUCCUGAUGUGGCUUUGAUCAGUUGACAGGCCCUCGGUGAUGCUGUGCAGACUUUCAAUUUGAGCUAAAUGCUUUUCACUGCUUCUCUGUUUUAUUUUCCAGGGGAAAGUGGUCCGUAAAGGCCCGCUGGUGUUAGCAGCUGACAACUUCAUCUUGAAAGCUGUCAUCCAAGGUAACACGCCACAUAUAUGUGUGUUUAAAAGCUGUUUUCCACCUGAAUCAGUCCCAGCAGCUCCCCGCCAGUCUCAGUGGGUUAGAAAUUAGUUUUUGAAGCGGGCUGGUGAGUUAACAGUGUGGCAGUUAAAAUGACUCUGUGACCCUGAGACACCCAUCCAUCAACCUGACGCUCGCUGAUUAACAUUGACUCUGUUAAUGAAAUGUGGUUUUUCCUUCUAUAAUGAUUGACAUAAUGGACAUUAAUGUGCUUUUUCACUGCCUCUGUGUGUGUGUGUUUGUGUGUGUGUGUGUGUGUGUGUGUGUGUGUGUGUGUGUGUGUGUGUGUGUGUGUGUGUGUGUGUGUGUGUGUGUGUGUGUGUGUGUGUGUGUGUGUGUGUGUGUGUGGAUCUGUCUGGCCUGUAUGUGUGAGGUAAGCUCUUUAGCUGGUCUGGAUUGCAGAGGCAAACGCAGGGCCUGUGUAUCUCAUUGUUGUCAUGUCUUCGGCCGUCUUAUCUCCGAGCAGCCUGAUUAAAAAGCCACACAGAGCAGAGGCUCUUAUUGUGGCGGGGACAUUCUUCCUUUACACGUUUAAACUCUCAGACAUCCUCGCCCGUGUGUCCGGCUGCAGGAUGCGAAGGGUUGACUCCACUUAUUGUUGGUUUAUUAAUAGUCGGCCAGUUUAAGUGCAGAAUUCAACCUGCUGAUGCGUUGUAGGAUUUGAUCUCGCUAAUCUGAGUCGACAACAGCAGCAGCUGAUAAAAAAACACAUUUUGAAGGCAUAAAUGUUUGACUUUUGAUUGUACAGACAGACCUUUAACUGUACCAGUGUUAUACUUAAAAAAAGAAGUAAAGCCCAACUUAUGGGAGCUGUACUUUUAUUUCGGAGGGUUUUGUGUUGAAAAAGUCCUAAAAUGUCCACAAAUGUAUCACCAAAAUCACGUACCUGUCAGAAAUAAAGGAGCUGACUGUCUCAAUUCCUUCACCUAAAUGUUGACUCAGCAUCCCCACAUCUCUCUAAAAAUAAUAAACUCUGUCUCCUGUGUCUUUUUUCACAGAGGAGGAGUCCCAGACAGACACCUCAGCUCAGAGCGCAUCCAUUAAUGUCGUCCUGAUGGGAACACUGGCCAAAGAAUUCAACCUAUCUGUGAAGCAAGGGGUAUGUUCACAACAUCAGCUGAUGGUUAUUGUUGUUAUGAAGGAGGUCGAUCAGAAUAGAGAGACGGAUUUAUGGAUCACUUUGGAAAUCUUCUAAAAAAAAUUAAACAAUCUAGUCGGUGUGACUUUGGUUACAUACAGAACUUAAUGAUAUAGUGUGGAGAAUUCAGUGACAGGAAAAUGGGCAGACAGUGAGAGGAGCAGGGGGAGGAGAGGAGAGCAGGGGGAGGAGCAGAGGGAGGAGAGGAGAGAAGAGAGCAGGGAGAGGAGCAGGAGGGAUGGAAGAGAGCAGGUAGAGGAGAAGAAGAGGAGAGGAAAGCCAGGAGAGGAGCAAGGGGAGGAGAGGAGAGCAGGGGUAGAGAGGAGAGCAGGGAGAGGAGCGGGAGGAAGAGAGAGGAGCAGGGAGAUGAGCAGGAGGGAAAAAAGAAAGCAGAGAGAGGAGAGCAGGGGGAGGAGAAGAGAGGAGGAGGGAAGAGGAAAGAAGAGAUGGGCAGGGGGAGAGAGGAGAUCAGGGAGUGGAAGAAAGAUCAGCAGGGAGACAAGCAGGGGGAGGGGAGAGCAGGGCUCAUAUACCUUUUCAAACAUGUUGAUAAAUUUUUUUACAGACAUGCUUUAGUUAUCAGUAAAAUUAGGUGAAAACAUUUUUUCCUUUAUUCUUUUAAGUCAGACUGAAGAGAUUUUAAGGCUUUAAGAGGUUUUAAGUUUUUGGUGUUUGUGGCGAAGAUGUCACAAAAUGGGUUUAACAAAGUAUGGUUUUUAUACUUUGUUAUAAAUGUGAUUGUUUUUGUGCCAUGGCUGUGAGUGUCCAGCUUCUAGAAGUAUUCAUAGAUAUGUUUGAAUCGGUGCUUGAUAAAAUCAUUUUUUUCCUGUUAAUUUAAACGAACUUUCUGUCUGUAACAGUGAAAAUCAGCAGGAUGAGGUCAGACAUACUUUUGAAGAAAAGUGAAUAAUUGAUCCUGAAGAUGUUUGGACUGUUAGCCCUCAAGGGUUUACUCCCCGCUCUGCACAAUCCUGAUUACGUUAAUAGCCGUUCCUUUAUCCACGUCUUUAUGCUGAUAAACACAAAUCUGUGUAUCAUUGGAGUCUAUAUUUAUCCCGAGGAGACAUGCUGUUGUGAUGGAGAUGGGGAUGAUUCAGAACGAUGCCGUCUGGCUGCUGAGUCUAAUUUACAGUCUGAGUUAUUUUCAGUUUCCUGUUCAUGUCCUGUGUUUGUUUAUCUGUUUGUUUGUGUUUUAAUAAGGUGGAACUGUAAACUUGCAAAUAUUGACUUUGAUUUAUUUCACCACACACAUUCAGACAGACCGUUUUUAUCAUGUCUUGUCAAACAGCAGAGGUAGGAGCUGCCACCUCCUCUGUGCUGAGUAAAUGAGAAUUAAGAGGCUUUUUUUUGCAGGAUGAAUAUUCAUGUCAAUCUGAUGAGAUGUGUUUUGUAUUCUUGCUAAAACUGAAAAUGUAUUUCUCUGAAUCAUGAAACCUUUGUUGUGAAUAAGGUAAUGAGCCGAGUGCUUCAUUUCAAGUGUUGAUAAGGAGGACGUCAAUCUUUAGGAGGAGAUGGAUUUAUUUACAAAUGGAGUUUGAUGAACCACUGCGCACUACCCGGGAUCUGCACACCCGACUGCUGCCUGGCUUUCCAGACACCUGACCCACAUGCCUAUCUCGCAUCACUUGUUUUUGGGUUAUUUUGACGCCAUGCAGUGAUUUCCACUGAAGAGUUAUGUCUGUUUUCAGUGCAGGCCACCUGAGGGCCUGAAGAUAACAGCUUCUCUUUAAGUGUUUUUGGCCUUUUGUCUUUUUAAGGAGGAUUUCUCCAGAUUCUCUGAACCUUUAAUGGUCUCAUGUUCUUCUUUCUCACCUGCAGACUCGUUGGCUGGCUGAAGUUUAGUCCCUUUUAAACUCCCGUAAUAAGAAGCAAAGGUGCUUUGAGUGACGGCUGGAUCAGUCAUUUAGCUGAACCGCUCAGCCUGUUUGUGUUGUCAGAGACUUACUCGAAUCAGUCAGUCUUUUUAAUUACACCUGUGCAGGUAACAUGCACGCGAGUGUAUGCUGCUUCUAAUUGAACUCUUUGGUAUCAGCCUCUCUGUGUUGACUCUUCACUCUCUUGUAUGAAUCAAGCUGCAUUGAUUUCAUGCUAAUGUCGCUCCUGCGUAGCUGCUGUUGCUUCAUAUUACAAGCAUGAAGUUGAUCAAAUUCAAGAGGAAUCUGAAAUGUGUCACCAGGAGCUCUUCUGGUUUAUUUCUGGAGUUUUAUGAAGCUUGUUGCCUCCAGGUUUCUGGGACCUGUACUUUUGAAUAAUGUGUUAAAGAAACAGAUCUGUCUCCAAACUCACACUGAGCCCAAGUCUCCAGGAUUACAUCUCGCUUCAAAGAAGCGAUGAUCCUGAGCUUGGUUAGCAUUCCUCUUCGUGUGCUGUUGCUCUGCAGUGACAGUUCCCCUCCUGCAGCCCCUUGAACUUCACAAACUUAGUGACUCUGAAUCAUCUCCGCUGCAGCUCUCGUACUUUCAGUCCACUCUGUCGCUGUCAUAUCUACACACAGAGGCAGCUGAGAGUUUGUUUACAGAGCGGUGGAUCUGCUUUUGACCUGGACAGGGACAGUGAACGCGUCAGGGAUAAUCCCCCUGACAGAGGCAUCUCUCUGUGUUUUUUGGUUCCCCUGCAGCUGCGUCUUGAUGGAUCUCAGGAAGCGGUGGCAGCCUGGGCCGGCGUGCUCGGCUGUAGAUCACAGAGUUGUUGUCAGGCUGCGUGUCUCUGUAACAUGAUUAUUCAGACUGUCCCUUUGUCAGCCCUGAGUAGAGGCUUUGAAUGUAUCUCAGGGGCACUUGACACGCCAAACAAAAGACAAUCUCUACUUUUCACACCAGCUUAUCAUCCGCUGCUUGUUGUGACGUCUUACUUAACGUCUCCCAGGAUGCAACAUCUGCUGCUUCAAUCUGUCCUCCCUCUGGGGAGGAAGAUGUAAAUUCAUCCCUCUCUGCUCUCGUAGUUUUAAUCCCUGCUUCUCUGCUUGUUGUUGAUGAUCUUGUGUUUUCUUGCAGGAUGUGCUGAUGGUUUCUGGCUUCACUGUGGGCAAAUCUCCAACUGCUAACAAGGACAAGCUGCACCCAUGGAACCUGCAGCUGUCAGGAGACAAAGCCUGCGUUUACGUGAGGACUUCACUCUUCAGAAUUAUGUUCUGUUUCAAUGUUUUAAGUACAUCUGAGAAAGGGUCUCUCCUGGUUCAUGCCCCACACUGUUUGUGUUCACUACAGGCUUUUUCAUGUUUAUUCAGGUAUUCAGGAUCCACAUUAGCCUCUCAUUUGUGUAUAUUAGCUGUGAGUACAAGUAUGCAGCUUUUUCAGAGCUGAAUAUUUCUUACAUCCUGGACCAGAUUACAUGCCAGUCUCUUAUCCAUGACAGCCGCAUGUGUCAUGCAUGUGGUCUACACCCUCCCUCAUUGAACGGCUCAGAACCAGCCGUGCAGCUCUAUUUGGACUCAGCUGCUGGAUCUUAAUAUAGCUCUUGUGUUGAUGCUGUGGACCAGAUAGUUCUGUAAUAAUUGAGGUGUGAUAAAACUAAAGAUUGUAGGACGUAGGGCUGCAGGAUUAAUCGAAUUUGAUUAUGAUGAUGUUAAAAAAAUUGAAAUCGUCAAAUCUAUCUUCCUCUCUAUCAUGUCUCGUGCCUCCAGGCCACCGUAGGCUCCCCCUUCCUGUGGGAGCGCUCCCCAGUUCCUGCACACACUAGCGUAAACAAACAUGGCGUUUGCAAAAGAAGGCGUUAAUUUCGUGGUUAAAUAUGGCUUGGCAUAUGCACUACAUCAUUUUAAAUGGUUUCGUUUUGAGGGAUGAUAGAAAAACUUGUUAUUAAAGUGAAGUUUGGUGAAUUUGUCACUGAAUAAAAAAUCAAAAUCGAAAAUCAAGUUUUCAGAGAAAAAAAUCAGGAUUUUAUUUUUGGCCAGAAUCCUGCAGCCUUAUGUUGAAGCCUUUUUAAACUUGAUGGGUAAAUCACAGCCUUGAAGUUUUUUGGUUUUAACUCGGAGAUGCACUCAUCGACUCUAAAACUAUCAGUGUUGUUUAUCCCAUCAAUGUAAAUUAGCACCUGUAUUGUGUCACUAUUGGCAGGUAGGACCCUGUAAGUCCAAACUAAGACCCUCACAGACGGAUCUGCUUCCUGCCUGUUGAGUCACAUCUCUAUAAACUCUCAUCUGUGUUAGUCUGCAGGCUGACAGUCUCGACUCGUCUCCUCUCGUGUCUCACGCCGAGUCCGGCUCAGACGCUCAUGAAAACCAUCCUCACACCUGCAGACGUGUCUCAGCUUUCCUGUGAAUGGGUUUCACUUUGCUCUGAUGUUCACCUGCAGGUGUUACAAAAACAAAAACACAAGCUUCUUCAAGUUUACAGCAGACAGUAACUCCACUCUGAUGCUGCUUUUCUGAAGUUUCCGGACUGUGAUAUGAAGGUCACUCAGUGAUUCCUCCGCUCUCUCUCAGUCUGUAGUUUUUGUCUCACUGCUGUCUUUCCAAAAAGGACCUGAAUACCUGAUUUUGAUUCCUGUCUCUGCAAACCUUCCUGAAUCUUUGAAUCAUGCAGAGUAUUUAAGGGGUACCCAUAAUUCAUAUGUGAUUAUGUGAACAUCAGUUUAGUUUAAGCCUGAGUGGUCAAUCAGGAUCUAAAAACACAAAGAAGGAGGAGUUAAGAUCAGUUUCAGAGCCGAUUUCGAAAGUUUGAAUACUUUUAUUUCAGACAGUGGACGUUACCUCCCUCUCCUGUCACUCACUGCCGCUCUGGUUUCUGCUCUGUGUCUGCUCUGUGUCUGCUGUUGUGAACCCUCACCGCUGUAACGCCUCCCCCUCUGUCUGCCUCCUCAGGUCUUCUCCCAGCCGACUCCCCCUGACCCCAGAUCUCAGCCAGCCGUCAAGAGGAACGCCGCGCUCUCUUCUCAGGUCAGACUCAGCGCUGAAAAAGCAUCAGCUUGGCGUGGAGGUAUUUUAUCAGCUGCUGGCUGUCCUGCUGUCACCUCAGCUGGAUCAGGGACCUGCUGGCCUUUUCUGUGUCUGUGAAGAGAAUUAAAAUGUCUGAUCAGUGGGUUUGUACCGACGACACAUUUGUUUUGGUUUUAGUGCAAAAUUACUGAUCAGAAGGAUAAAAAAGUAGAAAACUCAAAGCAACAGAAGGAGCUUUAAUAUAAAACAAUAAUCCUGUGAAUUGCAAACAGUAAAAUAUUAGCAAACAUUUCUCAGGUCUAGAGUGGAUUUCAGUGACACACAAAGUCCAAAACAGAGGACAGAAUCAGAGAAUCUGGACCAGUCUGGGCCCAGUCCUCCUCCUUUCAAAGGUCACUGAUUGUACUUCCUCUGAGCUGGCUGCACUGAUUUGAAAUUAUGAACAUUCAACAUGUUCAAUAAUUAGGAUCCAAUCAGCAGCACACACACUGGAGAUUUUCACGUUGAUUGAAAUGAUAGCCAAUCAGGAAACGAGCUGGCUGAUGAAGUGAACAUCACAAAAGCAACCAUGGCAGCGAUCGUAAACUCAGAGUGUGGGGUCAAAAAGAUGGACUUGGAUUUCUGUUAACAGUCAUGAUUAACAACGCUGCAAAGGACAAGGUCCGUACGAUCCAAGUCCACUUCCAAGACCAGAUUUAAAUGCGUAACAUUCGAUCCUGGAUGAGGCAUUUUUACACCUGCUCUCUGUGAUCCAUCUUACCAACAGAGUCUGGAUCCUCUGCUGAUCCUCUCUUUUUAGGGGUUUGGAUCAUUCAGUUCAUCAAGAACCGUCUCUCUGAGCCCCCUCACAGCUCCUCAUGGUACUGUUUUGGUUUAUUCACGCUUCCUACCUCAGCGUAGACCAGAUUCUAGGGCUGGGCGAUAUGGCCUCAAAUCAAUAUCACAAUAUAUAGAGCAGUUCACCUCAAUAACGAUAAAUGGACGAUAACUACUCCACAAGCUGCUCACCCCCUCCCACAUUAACUUCGUCUACUUCAGUCGCUACAACUUUUGAACCGUCCUCCAUCUCCUCACCUGUCUUUCCCUCUAAGUUACGGACUGGAUGGGGUGGAGUCACGUCUCUGACGUAGGACAGCGUCUUAAAGAGACAUGAGACCAUAGCCUACCUACACACAUCCAAAACCAACUUUAAUUUAUUUAUUUUUUGGACACCCAACAACCUUGGUUAUUGUCUUAAAUUUCGGUAUCUGUAAGUUUUCGGUUUAUCGCCCAGCCCUACCGGACACUGUCUGCUGCCACAGUGCUUCAUUACUGCAGUGACGUCAGAGAAAUGUAAACAUGACAGAAAACUAAAUGAAACCGAGUUUAGAGGGUUUGAUUAUCGUUAUUUGAAGUGAAGUCAAUGUUAAAGUAAGUUUUUAAAAAUUAAUGGGUGAUUGACGUGCCCAGUCACAGUCACUCGUUAAUAAUCUAGAGGGAACAUUUAAUCCAACAGAUGCUCAACUGGACUAAGAUUUGGGAGUGUGGAGACCAUCGACCUCCUGAACUUGUUGUUCUUCCAGGCUGCUGUCUCCAUCUGAUCCUCACAUGCCUGUUUUAGUAGUUUAAGUCCAUAGAAAGAGUAAAUUCUCACUGAAACCAUAAAGAAUGAAAAUAAAGAUCCUGUAUGUUUUUAAAAGCAGCUGAUUAAGACUUGAAAACACAGUAGAAGCUUGUCCCAGCUCAGACUGGUCUCCUCUUCUAAAAAUAGCAGUGGUCCGCCUCUUUCAGGUUCGUCUCUAAAGAGCAUAUACUCUUUUUUUUUUCAGAUCUUUAUUCUUCUAAUUAUCAGCUCCACUGAGGAAAUGAUGAAAGAGACGGAGACGACUGCAGAGUAUCAGCGGCUCUGAUCCGUCGUUAGCCGAGCUUCGGUCAUUUAUCCGAAACGACGUUUGUUACGUUAAAUUCCAGGAUUAAAGAAACUUGAAAUCUCACACAGCUCCUUUAUUACUUCCUUUUCACAUCUGUCCUCGGUUCGCUGCCAUCACAGUCUGCAGAUCGAACACGGAGGUGAUGAUGAUGACACCUUCAUGCUCCUCGUUCACACACAGCAGCAUGUAACAGCUGUUUCACACUCACGCUCAACACUCAAUCUUUGUAUCGUUUCUAUUUUUGAAGGUUUCGCAGAAAUGAGUGACAGCAGCAGCAGGUCGUUAAAUGUGAAUGUAAAUGUUCUCAAACUGUACAGCCUUUUACAACAACCCUUUCGGUGAACUAAAGUGCUUUACAAUACAUAAUCAAUAAAAAAGGAUAAAUAAAAACAAUAAAAAAGGGAAUAACCUCAUCUCUUAAGGGCACAGCCUCUUCUGAGUUCAGCUAAACCAUCAGCACCUCUCUGUGAUCGUAAUCUUUAAGACGAUGAUGCUGCCAGUUUGAGCAGUUUGCAGAUUUCUCCUCUUAAAAAUGAGAAUUAAAACCAGAAAGAGCAUUUUUAACAACAACAGAUGUAUGAUACAGUUCAGACUAAAUUUUCUUUACAGUAACAAACUUUGCAAACAUUCGUCUGUGCACCGUGAUGCUGAAACAUCGAUGCGAGUGAGAAAAAAAAGUGUUACCCGUUUUUUAAUUAUCAAGACCAGCACCUGAGGAGUUUGUGUCAUACUUUAACUCUCCCUACGCUUUCACAUAAACAGGUUUAUAAUGAAACACAUGCAGGAAGUAAUGAUGUGUUAGCGUCAAAAUGAACUCUGUCUGAAAUGCAAACACAAAUCAACAGAGCAGAACAGAAAGCGAUUAGACUCCUGCUGCAAAAACCUGUCGGUGGACUGAUUACUUCUGUAAAAUAAUGCAGUCGUGACUGACGGGGGGGUCACGCCUUUACUUUGGAGUGUACUGGCUGUGCCUAAAAACACCGGGCUUCAACACAUCAGCAGCUGUGACCUCAGGAAUGAGAACUUGAGAAAAAGGCUAUAAUUAUGUUGAAGUGUGUAAACAGAUGCAGGAAACAUGCAAACGUAAAUUGCUUCCUCCUCUUUCUAACUCUGCUUUGAUUGUCUGCAGGUUUCCAGGGCGACCAAAUCUCCAAAAUACACGUAUGUGCGACUGGACGACCUGAAGGCUGAAUCUGUGGUCAACGUGUACGGGGUGGUGACCUUCUUCAAACAGCCGUAUAAAUCCCGGGGCACAGGUCAGUCUGAAACCAGACCAGAAACUGUUCAGAAACUUUCAGUCCCACCACCUCCGAGCAGCUACCUGCAGGUUCAAGAUAUUUCCUCCUCCCUUCUCAAACUUCUCAAAUAGAUGUCGUUAAGUCCAAACAUCGCAUGCACAAAUUCAUAAACAGCAGGGAAGUAACGUAACCAGGAAGCACGAAUUUCAGUCCAUUUAUUCAUAGUCUAUGCUGCUGGGUCCCAAAGAGUGAGGCUGAAUCAGAUCCAAGCUUUAUGAAGAAUUUUUCAAAAUAAAAGUCUGUGAAAAGAGAAAGGGAAAAAAAGCCAUUGAGAAGGUGUAAAAACUUGAGUCUGCAAAAGCAAAGAAAUCCUCGUUGGGUCCCCUGACAUGACGCCCAUUUUGACUGCAGAAAUAAAACAUGCUCAUUUUUGUUUAUUCUCCUUUUAUACUUAUUCCUUCACACACAGGGGCUGGAUAUUUUCACAACAUUUCCAUUUUGAUCUUUCUUUUUAUUUGACGAAGAAUUGUGCGUAACCUCAGCUCCUUACAUCCCCCUGCAGGUCUCCUCUUUGUUUUUUUACUGUAACUACUCAGGGAUCUGUUUCACAUUCAUACUCUGGUUAUUGUGUUCUCAUCACUGAAACUCUGAUCCGUCUUUUUAUCACAUCCAGAAUCGAUAACUGCAACUACUAACCUCCAUUAGCUCCCUGUUCACCCAGACAUAAAGUUUAAAACCCUUCUCCUCACCUUCAGAUUUUAAACUAUAGUUGUAGCCUACAGCCUGUACCUUAUUUUUCUAACUUUGUUACAUCUGAUUUCAUAAUGAGCUGUGGGAUUUGAUGUAUGUGCUAAUAGUUGCUUCUUCUUUCUUUAAAGCUCUUCCUUAAAUCGGUCUCAGAGGAUUUCUUCCGCUCAAUAAAAGUCUUAAACUCUGGAUUAGCAGUCAAGUGUAAGAGCUGUCUAUUAUUGCAUUCAUGUGAUGGAGAUACGGGCAACAUCAGCCCCUGACACUGGUGCGAGGUGUAUUCUGAUGUCUGUCAGCUGAUGUCUGAUGGGGCAUUCACAUCAAGCACGGGCAAAAUCAUCUGCUCGCUUAAUUUCUCAAAGACACGUGAACUAAAAGUGUUAAAAUGACAAAUGACUUCUGCGUCAACAGAGUGCUUAAAAGCCGCGGAUAGUCAUUGAUGCUAAUUUCAACAGUGAUCCUUGCCAAUUCAACCAGUGGGAUCAAGAGAUAGACAGCAGUUUUUCACAAUUUAACAGAUAAUCAGACAUCCUCACUCACUUUCCUCCAAGUUGACGACCUGUUGGUGAGAGUCGGUUAUAGGAUAUCCCUCCAGGAUACCAAUUACAGACGCUCUAUCCCAGCUGCAGAGCGCCUGUCCACCGAUCUACUGUGAGUAAAAGGAUUAAUAUUUAUAUUUUUAUUUUUACAUCACCUGGGAAUCUUUAUGAUGUUUGGCUAUCCCAAGAGUUUUCGACUCUCAAAUUUUGCGAAUUUGCAUCCACUCAAUUAGCGCGAAUAACUUUGCUCCGCCAUAUUCGCAAUAUUCACGCCACCGCGUCUAAUCGCGUCUUUGCAUUGACUUUACAUGUAAUUCAUUUGCGCAAAUGAUUUUACUCGCGCCUGGUGUGAACGCCCCAUAACCGUGAUGCCUUGGUGCAUCCAUGGAUCGAAAAGUGUCUCCGUGUUUUGCCAAAAUUAUGUUGCCAUUGAUAAAAAAAAAGUUAUAGAUGAUAUUUGAAGAUGGAAAAAUGUGCAGAAGAUGUGAUUUAAUGAAAGUUUGGUAUCCGUACACAUAGUUAUAAUACUCUAACUUUGUUGUAUAUAUUUGAGGAUUAAUCAAGUGGAAAAAUAAUGAGAUUUAGCUGUUAGUUUGAACAAGUCUUCACCAUUUUAUAGAGAGUUGUAAUAUAUGAGUAUGAGAUAUCAAUUUAGAUAGAUACAGUUUUUCAUUAAUGUUGUAAAAAGACAGCAUACGUUUUUUUUUUCCUUUAUUUUGGUGGAAAGACUGUUUUAUCCUACAUUUAUAGUUCCCAAUCUGAAAAGGAUGCGUGUGUUAAAGUGUGAAAUAUUCAUCCUGUGGAGCUCAGAAGUCGCCACGUUUCCACAGCAGACUUGAGUCUUUUCAGCACCACGGACAGCGACAUUCAUCCGCUCUGCAGCUGUGUGUGAAAUUUUCUGGAGACGAGGAAGAACUGCUGUUGAAUGAGCUUCGAAAAGUUAACACACAUCACCUCAGCUGAGACCGAAACGAGCUGACGGGCCGCAAAGAUGAGAAACUCUUCAUGAAGUGAUGAAAGGUGGAUGAGUGCUGAGGUUUGUUUAGGUGUAAAACGUCUCUGAUUAUCUCCGUAACACGCUCAGAUAGGUGGAAACGAGCGUGAUGGAGGAGUUUAUUUUCAGUUUCUGUGCUGAUGGAGUCAUAACGAAGACUCUGAGUGUGAAAGAGCUUUGGAUACUUCUUCUGUAACUCCUGACUUUCUCCAGUUAACACACGGGAGCUGAAACCGGCAUGAAGCUGAGAAAAUCUGAGACCUGAGGAGCAGAGCGGAGUGUCAAAAUCUGGGAGGAAGAGGGAUGGAAACGCUGAUAAGAUAAUAAAGGCCGGAGUUAUCAGUCUGAGUCGACCUGCAGCCAUGCAGAGCAGAGUGAUAAAGUGUGUGUGUGUGUGUGUGUGUGUGUGUGUGUGUGUGUGUGUGUGUGUGUGUGUGUGUGUGUGUUUGAGACUUGGUCUUUUUCUUCCUGCGUCCUUCAGGCGUUUGUUAAACUCAAGAAAGAUAUUAAAAAAAUCCAUCUGAUCAGACAGUAACAAACAAAAACACACAAAUGCACAAAAACACCCUUUUUAAAUUGUUUAACCUCUUUUAAAGUUUUUGAAAUCAUUGAUUACAAAGACAGAAACAUUUUCCUGCUCUGAAUCGAUGAUUUGAUGAGUGUGCCGAGUAUGGUCUCUAAAAGUAAAAAGGAGUUUGUUUAAAAUGUACUUUAACUAGAGUUUUAAGUUUUGUCUUUAAACCUUUGCUCUACUGAUUGACCACAAUGGAGGGGCGGAGCCGAGACAUGUCCUCCAAAGAGGUGGCCAAUCAGAGGAAAGUAGUCUCGUGGAGGGGAGGGUCUUAAAGAGACAGAUGAAACCUUGUCUUUUUACUUAAGUGAUUUCAAACAUGAUAAGUCGUAGGGCUGGAAGAUAUGUCCUCAAAUCAAUAUCACGAUAUAUAUUGAUCAGUUCACCCCGAUAACGAUAAAUGGACGAUAACUACUCCACAAGCUGCUCACCCCCUCCCACAUUAACUUUGUCUACUUCAGCCGCUACAACUUUUGAACCGUCCUCCAUCUCCUCACCUGUCUUUCCCUCUUUGUUACGGACUGGAUGGGGUGGAGUCACGUCUCUGAUAUAGGACAACGUCUUAAAGGGACACGAGACCAUCAAUGACGUCAGUUAUUGUUGUAAUUUUCAGUAUCUGUAAAUUUUCGGUUCAUCGCCCAGCCCUAAUAAGUUGUUAUUCUUUCUUCGUCACACUCCACAUGCUGAACUUGAUAACUGUGGAAGGAAAGACACAAAUCUGUUUUUUUUUUUUUCUUUGACUAACAAUAUUUUUGUGUUUUGCACAGAUUUCUGCUCCGUCCUGAAGAUAACCGAUCAGUCCAACGAGGAGAUCCUCUGCAAAAUCUUCUGUAAGAAGCUGGAGGACCACCCCAAGGUCUUACAAGUUGGAGACAUUGUACGACUGCACGGAGUCAAGGUCUGGAUUCACGUUAACUGAUUCAUUUAGAAAUUAAACUGUUUUAUUGUUUUGAUUUUUUUUACUCUUCAGGUAGAAUAAAAACUUUUCAAACCUGCAGAUUUCCUCAUGAAGAAGGAUGAUGUCUUCAAAGCUGAACGAUUGUUCUUGUCCUCUUUGCAGUUUCAUUACUUCAGAGACUCCAAGGAGCUCCUCAAAACCUUUGGUUUCUCCGCGUUGACCUUUGACGGGGUGGUGGGCAAUCCCGUGGAGCCUCGGACCUCCAGCCAGUCCGUCCACUUCGACGAGGAAGACAGACGAAGGGUCGAGGAGCUGCGAUCCUGGUAUUCAGCAAAGAGCGUCCUCCCCGCUGUCUCCACGACCCCUCUGUCGGCUGUGACGCCCAAAGUUUACUUCGACCUGACCUGCCAGCUGCUGGCCAAAACUUUCAUCGACAACACCCGCACCCUGCUGAGCGUAAGAGCGAAACAACACACAUGCAGCGUACACACAUGGUUCCUGCUGGUUGACAGUCAUAACAGUGUGUCUGCCUGUUUGGUCGAUACUCUGUGUUUUUAGGUUUUUACUCACUUGUUUUCCUUUAAGUCUGAGUGUGUCCAAACAUCUUUGACAUCUACUGUGACCACGGUUUCAGUCUAAAAUAUCCCCUCUCUUUGUCUUAUAGCGGAAUCAUUUUUCAGACUUUUUUUUUCAAGAUACAAACAAGAACAAACUUGUUUUCUGAUUAAAAAGUGCAGCCGUUUGGGUACCGAUGGCCUCGCAGUCCUAGUGCACCCCAUAUACAGGGGCUAUUAUCACUGUUGUAUCGGUCACUGGUUCAAGUCCUGCAUGUCUACCCCAACUCUCUACUCCCUAAUUUUCCAGCUCUCCUAUUUCAAAGUCAAAAAUGCUGCAAAACAUAAAAUAACUUUCAGAAAAUGUAGCUUUUAACUCACAUGAUAAUUCUUAAAAAGUUAGAGACCGGUCCAACCUGAGCUGACAGACAAAAUAAAUAUUGAUUUAUCAUUCCUGACAUCAAACUUCUACAAAUUAACCAUUCCUAAUCACAAUCUUGACGAAGUUGACAAAGGAUUUGUUUGGAAUGAUCAAUAAGUAAUGGAGUGUGACUCUGUCUUUGUGUCGUUGCAGAGCAGAGGAUUCAGAAAGUCUGACAGUGAGAGACACAGAGUCUGCUGCUCAGUUACUUUGAGUGGAUAAAAAAACUCGUCAUGAACCCCCGAGAACUUAAAAACACUUCCUCGAUAAAGAGUUUUUGGUUCUUUUAUUCUGAACGAUUUUAUUUAUGGAGGUCAAAUGGAUCUAAUGUAAGUGACUGAAAUCAGCUUUUUAAACACUGAGAUGGAGGAGGAAUCAGAGAGAUAGAGAGACGAUCUCUGGAUGUUGAUGUUGCUGUGCUGUUGUUUGGUUUUCAGGCUCGUGUAUCCUUUCAUUUACUUCAUUUUGUUGUAAAUUAACUGGAGGCACACAACCACAGGCAGUAUUUGUAGAUUUUGUUUAAAUAAAUUCAACAUCACAGACUUUGAUACUAAUAACCUGCAGAUCUGAAGACAGUAACCUUUAGUCUGUGAUGUUUGCCGCUAAUAAACACCUGAAAAUCCCUCUGUGUUCGCUCUGCAUCAUCACAGUCACAGGAAGCUCCCCCUGAGGCCGUUUACCGUCAGCUUACGUCUAUUAGUCCUCGCCGUCUUGUGUUCGUUACCCGUCGUCCCUUGUUUAUUUCUUGUCACCGAUGUUAAUGUGACUUGUUGUCUCGUUAGGAUGGGUGCACAUAAAGAAGCUGCUCUCCUUCAGUCGGGGAGUGGAGUCAGGUGGCCUCGGUGGGAGGAGGUCUCGUGUUUUCUUAUCUCAGUCCUGAGCUGUUUUACCUGCCACCUCGGUUUUCAGAGGAGAAACGAGGCUUUAAGUGGAGCCUGGUUUGCUGCCAGUGAGGCUGAUAGAAGAGAUAAAUGUGAGCGGGAUUUGGCAGGGACUGCUGGUCGGCUGCCAGUCUCCUCUCACUCUGAUUUCUAAAGCUGCUCCGAGCGCUGCCUGCUGUUACACAACCACACACACAUCCAGGAGAGGAUCCUUUCCAGAUCAUAAACGCCUAUUAGACCAAGAAUAGAAUUUAAUACCUCUCCUCAAGCAUACGAGAUCAACGUCAACAAAGGUUUUUUAAGCAUUCUUUGCUCCUGACGGUAUUACUGUGAAGCAGGAUUAAAUAUGAAUAAAUCUGACUGUGAAGAGUCUGGGGGCAACUUUAGAAAAAACUAUUCUGACUUUUUUUCUUGUUAUAGUUUUUGUUUUACAGCUCAGGGUGUCCUGAUGUGACCCCGAAUACAGGUUUCUGGGACAGUUUAGUUUUUGUUCAUGGAUGUGUUAGCUGAGCUCCUCUUCCUUCUCUACUGCUUCUCCUCCUUCUCAUGUUCCUGCUCUCCUCCAUCCUCCUGUUCUCCUCCCUUCUCUCUCCUCAUCUUGCGCCUCCUUCCUCUCCUCCCCCUGCUGCUCUUCUCUGUCCACCUCUUCAUCUUGCUCACCCCUUCUCUCCUCCUUCUCUCCUCUUCCUGCUGUCUUCUCUCUGCUCUCCUCCUCCUCUUCCUCCUCCUCCUCUUCACCCUGCUCUCAUCUCUCCUACUCUUCUCUCCUUCUCUUGCACCUCCUUCCUCUCCUCCUCACUUUCUCCUCUUCCUGCUCUCCUCUCCUCCUCCUUUUCUCCUUUUCUCCUGCUUCUCCUCCUCCUCAUCUCCCUGCUCUCCUCCUUUCUCUCUCCUCAUCUUGUGCCUCCUUCCUCCCCCUGCUUCUCUACUCUCUCUGCUCUCCUCUCUCCUCCUCCUGCUCCUCUCCGUGCUCUCCUGUCCUUCUCUUGCUCCUCCCUUCUUUCUCCUUUUCCUCUUCCUUCUCUCCCUGCUCUCCUAUCCUUCUCUUGCUCCUCCCUCCUUUCUCCCUCUCCUCUUCCUUCUCUCCCCGCUCUCCUUCUUUUCACCUCUUUAUCUUGCUCACCCCUUCUCUCCUCUUCCUGCUCUUUUCUCUCUGCUCUCCUCUCCUCCUCCUCCUCCUCUUCACCCUACACUCAUCUUCUCCUGCUCUCCUCUCCUCCUCCUCCCUUUCUCCUCUUCCUGCUCUCCUCUCUCUCCUCUCCCUCUCCUCCUCCUCCUCCUCCCCCUGCUCCUCUCCUCUCCUCCUCCUCUCCUUUCCCCUCCUCCUCCUGCUUUUCUCCCUGCUCUCCUCUCCUCUUCCUCCUUCUUCUCUCCUCCCCUCUUUAGUUCAAUCUUUUGAGUCUUGCUCGUCUCCUGUAAACUCUUUGCAGUCUUGGUUUUACAUGAAUGUCCAUUAAAAACACAUGGAGGGGCGGGGAGCUCACAGAACACAGUCCUACCAAUAAAUAUAAAUUUCACAUACACAUAAUAAUUCUCAUUGAUCGAAGUAAAGAUCACGAUCAAGAGGACAGCCAGAGUAGUUUGGGUUCAGAUGUACCAGAUGAGUUUGGGACUGAAACUCUGCUCUCUAUAAUUCCCCCCCCUGCAGACAGUCAGACUCUUGUUUCAUAUCAUGUUUGUAUUUGUCUUCAGGUUUGGGACGGGACCAGGUGUUCUUACCCGCUGGCGAAGGUGAAACUGGACCCAGAUGUCACAGAGGGUCCGUCCUCAUUCUGUGAAGAGAAAGAAAGCCUCAUCGCCAACAUCCUCGUCUAUGACAACCACUCGGUGUUCGCCAGGCAGCUAAAGGUCAGGACUCACUGUUGCAAACCCAAUACUUCAAAUGAUAAGACAACACACCACACCUGUGCUAUCAUCAUAACAUCCUGUGGACUUAUAUCUCCUAAAGUGGGAUAUAUCAGACAUAUUCUUUUGGGUGAAUGGGGCUUAAAUGGUUUUCUCGUGGCCUUGGGAUUAUCCUCCAUGAUGAGGCGCUCAAAAGUUACACUUGAACUUGUGCAUCAACAAACAUUCAUAAGAGUAUUUUUAUUUCCUCAUAUGUCUGGGUUGCAGAAUGUAACAUUGUAGGUUCAAAAGCAACUUUGUGAUGUCACUAAUUGGGAAAAUCACCAAUUAGUGACAUCACAAAUUGAGAAAAUUUCAUGCCCAUCUUGCUCAAUUCUCGUGCCUGUUUUAAAAAAGCCAUUCAAAGCAGCCUGCAGUCCCGUCUUCAACAUUUUAACUUGAUGUUUGCGUAAUACCACCUCUUAAAGUGUAGAUUAAAUAAAAGGAAUCACUUCCUUUUACUUUUUGAAAAAAUCCAGGAACAACCCUUGCACAGCCGCCUGCAAAUCCCUCCAAAAUUCCCUCAACAAAAGCGGUAAUUUUAACCCUUCAGCGCUCAGAGGUUAGGUAAAAUGUGGGUUAUUUUGUUUGCCUUGUUGUGUUGAGUUUGAUCGAAGCUUGACCUUAAAAAAACCCCUCCAGUCACAUAAUGGCCCGACCAAACCAACCAAUCUUGGCAGCGACAGACAAAAAAACCCCUAUGAGGUAAAAUAGCUGUUUUUGUCAGAGUAGUCUGGUGGCUUUGAAAAGGCUGAUGUAGCAGCUGUUUCUGUUUGAAACAAAAGCCCCGUACUUUGACAAAAAAAGCCCAUCACAGCAGCAGCUAUCCAACCGUAAUGUUGUCAGACACGGAAAACAACAACCCGAGCUUAUCAGUGGCAAAAACCAACAUGCAGAUGACUCCAUUUAAUGAGGUAGUUAAUUAAUGAGGUAUUUUAUUUAAUUUGAUCUUCAUUUAGCCAGAUUAGCCCUAGUAGGAUUAGAUAUUUCUUUUCCAAGAUAGACCCGGUGAAGUAUGGCAGCAUCAUGGCCUUCAGAGUAAGAUCAGACUGUAGACUUUUCCAGGCAGAAGAUGCAGAGUACUUCAAGGCUUUCUUCCUCGAAAUCAGUUGAAACUUUGGGAAUAAUUCACAGCAUAUUGUCCACCAAAUGAAGAUUAGGAAUCCCAUUUGUCAAGACCAAAGGGAGUUCCUCCAAACUUUUUCCAACAUGUCUUCACUGAUGAAGAUCUUUGUGCCCGAGCCGGCAUGUACAUAAAACAGUCCAACUGACUUUGACACAGCUGAAAGAAAGUUAGCGAUAACUGGAGGCAUUCAUAAUCACCAUAAUCAAGGAUAAAUGAAACAGUCUACUGUUUUUGGAGAUGAAAAACAUAUGAGUUUAUCUUUGCCUGCGUGAAGAACAAGUUUCAGUCGACCAAAUCAAAAACAUGCUGAAGAUUUUAAAAACGCUUAAGCAGGUGUGAGUUCACAGAUAUAAAUGACAGUAUCAUCAGCGUAAAAAUCUGAAAAACAUGAGGAUUCAUUUAAAUUGUAAAUAAUAGUGGGCCCAGAGCUGAACCCUGUGGGACCCCUUCAUGAAUUUAAGUCUGUAUACAAAGAAAAAAUAAUGAAUGCAGGUUAAAUUCGGUAACGACAUGUUGCUUUUAAAGACAGUUUUGACUGUAAAUUUGCGUUUGGACUGACUCCUCAUGGAUUUAUAUUCGUACCGCUUUGUAGAUUGGAUGUAACACCAGACAAAUCUCCCCUCUCUUAUAAAAAAGGCAGUCUGCUGUGAAAUAAGUGUGUGUGAGGUCUGUGUGUGAAGGACAUCCGUCUUCAUUCAGGUCACUGAGACAUGAAUUACAUCGUAGCGGUCACAAAGUCACAUUGAAUUACACCAAACAUUGAGCGCACAUGCCUUCAUUCAGCUCUCUGUCGCUCCUGUUAUUCUCAUUCAGGUUUAUUGAGCACGUUUCAGGACAGAUGAAACCAUAAAGGAUUUCUGCUGCGUUAUACUUUCCUGUCAUUUCCAUCAGAUGGAUUUAACAUCCAUUUAGACUUGAACAGGUGAAAUUUGUCAAUGUCAAACUCUAUAUGACCCCUUCUGGUUCCUUGAGCUCCAGGUCUUGUGCAAAUAAAAAACCACGAGUUUUGUAGUGAGCUAUAUCACAGGCCGUUUCUGAGUCUUUUGUGUUACUGCUGCCAGCAUUCACUCUCUGCUGCUCAGAGCUGCUCUGUGCACUCUCCUCCUGAGUUUCUUCCUGGAGUGAAAAGUUCCUGAUUCACUCCUGAUAACUAAUAAAAAUAACCCAAUAUCAUUAGACUUAUGUUUGGAUAUUUAUUUUCUGCACCGUCCUUUGGUUUUUGCACAGGAAGAAAGAAUUGUUUAAUUUGCUCUAAAUACGUGCAAAAUGGAUCAUUUAAAUGUAUGCAAACAUCACUAACGCACAGAAAUGCGGCCCAGUUUGUGGAGCAUUAAACCGUUUGUGCUUUAUGAAUUCGACAAGGUCAUUUUGGAUAGGUUUAUUGAAUAAUAGGAGAAUAAGAACAACUGAAAUCCUCCAUAAGUAAUCUGGCCCUCCGUCAACUUCAGACCUAUUUCGACGAUCGUGUCACUUCGAGGAAAACUCUGACUGAGCAACCGAAUAUUUCGUGAAUACGUUCAGUCACAUGACACAACAGGAAGUACCUUAACACUGUCACAGAAGCCUUCUUUAGUCCCUCAGGAGUUUCUCUGCUUCCAACACCUUAUAUUCUUACACAGGGCUGCAUAAUAGUCAGAGAUGUGCGGCUGCAUAUCUACACAGAGGACUUGACUUUAUAAACUUUUAUCUUCCUGAUGUCGCCGCCGCCGCCGCCACUCUGUAACUACUUUGGAAAAGACAAUGGCUGGUUAGAAUUGUAUCAUUUGAUCAAAUAAGCCUCUUUAAAAUGGCCCCAUCCGGUAAAAAUGGGCCUCUCCCACCAAAUGACAGACAAUUGUUUCCAAUAGCUCUUUGAAUCGCAGCCGUGAAAGCCUUCAUCUUUCAUUUUUAGAUUAUUCCUCAUGUUGUUGAGCGCCCUGAGGUCCUCGUCCUUUUCGUCUUUUAACACUUGUGAUCACGACAGAGCGAUCCGUGAGUGGAUGAAGCUGCAGAGGACAGAAGAAAGCAGGCAGGGGAAACUGCAGGAGCUUUUCACAGUUUCCACACAAGGACGUCGUCCACCCUGUAAUAAUCAUAAAUAAAUCUGCUCGAACCGGAGGAAUCACUGAUUAUAGUCAUGGGAGCCGCAUCCUCAGACCCCCUGGUGCAGAGCUUAUCCCACACAGUCACAGUUUGACUUUAUACACAGCCGUCUGAUAAGUUUGCACUGACCUCUGGGUACUUUCAUUGCCUUUCUCUUUACUUCUUAACUUGUUUUUAGUAAUCUGGAGGGCUGCGGCACUCCAACCAGACUUUAAUACAGAGACUUCUCUUCUUUGUUUGCUUUAUCUUGGUCUCUCACUGUGACCUUGAUUCUAACGUCACUGAAAGUUUCAAACAGCCUUUGGUUCGUUAAGCCUCGAGGAUUCGGAGAAAGAGAGGUUUAGUACUUCAGCUCUUUAAACAACAUAGUAUGUCUCCACUGUAUGCUGUUGUGCAGAGAUUAGGGGUGUUCCAACAAGGGUACUUCAAGAUUUGAUUAUGGGAGCUUCAAUUCUUUGAUCAUAAUGAUUGUCGAUUUGAUUAUUGGUGCCACAAUUCUUCGAUUAUUGUCAUUUUUAAUGCUUUUUCACAUACAAGAUUGAUUUUGUCUUCAUCUGUGAUUACAUUUGUAAAUAAAUAGCCUCAACUCAUUUGACCUACUUAACUUAAACUGGGAAGUUUGGAGACGGUCUCCAGGAUGGUCCUCUGUGUGGCGGGCACAACCGGAGGAGCCUUCUCUGUUUUGGGAUGAAAGUGUACAAGGUGCCGCCUCAUGUUUGUGGUGUUGCUGAGGUACUUUAUUUUUGAUUUGCAAAUCUUGCUAAUCACGUUGGUCUUGUCAGUUGUCUUGUUAUAAUCCAAAGGACUUCCACACAGUUGCAGUCAACCCCGGUAGCGAGAGAAUCGGCUGUUCUUUGGAGGCUGCUGAAGCUGUUGCCAUUUUGCGAAGAAACUGGCGUGCUUUGUUUGUUGCGGUCCUACUCACUAAACAGUCCAAGUGGCGCACGUGCUAAGGUUCCGGUUAAACCUUUUUCCGUUCCAGCCUUGCAACAAAGCAUCAAUUUAUUAUUUAUGUAUUUAUUUUAAGCAUGGGCGUUGAUUUAUUGUUGCUGAAUCGUCAUCGGCGAUGCAUCUACACAGCAAUGGAUUGCACCAACCUUUAGCAGAGAUGAAGCUAGAAUACCUCUGUGAUAGGUAGGGACAUCUCGUGUGUUUUGGGCCAGAAUCUGAGCAGUGGAGGUCGGCUUUCUGGAACUGCAAAUUUGACUUUCAGUACCUUUGGUCUCAUGGGUAAAUGGGGAACAUCCCUCCAGUUUAUAAGGUCUAAAGCAGUCGUUUGAUACCAAAAUAUACACGCCAGUUUUCCUUGCAAAGAAAAAAAACAACAUCAGCAGUAAUUUUUAUACUUGCCAAUACCAAUAAUGAACUCUUGAAAGCUACAGACACUGUGCUGAUAACACCGUGCAUCCCUCUAUGUCAGAAAUGUGAAAAAAAUGACCUGACUGUUUCUGCUGUUUCUCACUUACUGGGAAACUUCAAGACCAUCUGAAUUUGCAAAACCGCUCCCACUCCCUGAGCCACUCUGCCUCCUCUCAGGCUUUUGGGGUCCUACUUCAGUGUUUCAUUAAAAAAGCAAGACUUCUGCUGCCGUCACUGCAGCUCUACAGUUGCCUCAUUCUGUUUGGGGUUAGACUCUGCAUCACAUGUGCAGUCCACUGAUGCAGGUUCUCCUGGUGCACUCGCCAUGUUUGUCUUGCUGCAACGAUCUGCACCCUCCGAUCCUUAACACUUUUAUAUGGAACUUUUAAUAAGUGAAAAUCAGUUGAGUGCACAUCUGAGUGAAGUCGUCUUAAUUAUGACAGCAUUAACUCUAACUUUGACUAUAAACUUGACUCUUGUCCCAUCUGUUAGCAUGGAGGAGGCUGACUUCAUGAGCUAAACUGCAGUUAGCCAGCAGGGGGAGCUCCAAGUUUUGUGGCUUUACUUUUGGGGUACAUGCCCUCCAUGUUAAUAAAGGAAAAGUUAGGGUUGCUACAUCCACUUGUCAAUGAGAAAACAUCAUAAGAUUGGCAAUAUUGCGAUAUAAACAGGAAAAUUGAAGAAUCCAACUCCUUAAAACCUCAUAUGCUCAGGAUAAACCUGUAAAUAAAAGUCAUGGGUACAUCUCGGUAUGAGAACAUUUAUUUUACCUCGACUCAGGAGUUUGAAUUUUAUAGUUUUUUCAUAGUUCAGUCUUAUUUCUGUGCUUGUGUGAAUAUUAAGAAGAAAAACCCAGAGCUGUUUUCCUCUUUCAAGUCUUGAAUUAGUUCUGAGCAGACAGCGGGGGCUUGUUCUUCCUGCGGAGAGCUCAUCAGCGAGUUCGCGCUCGUAAUGGUUACACAAAACGACUUGAUGAUGCUCUUUAAUAUUCGCUUUAUUUACUAAUUGUCUGCCUAACUGAGGCUAAUUUCCUCUCAUUAAUUUUUUAAAUUAACGCCGUGUGAAGUGAUCGUCCGUCGGAUGUUGUUAAAGAGUCCCAGGGUCUGUUUUUGUGUUUCAGCGCGCGGUGCCGCUCUCCACUCUAUCCCCGUGAUGCACGUCUGCUCUCGACCCUGCAGGCGUUAAAGGACUCAUCAGCAGAGCGGCUUCAUUAUACAGGAUAUCUUUAACCACAUCUGAAUGCAGUAAAUACACUCCAUUAACACAUGAUUUAACUUACAACAACAGGCGAGGUAAUGAGUUUAAAGUGAUGCCGUGAAUGUAAUUACCUCGUAUGCAUAUAAAAGCGCCUGGAGGGACAGGUGUUUUAAAUAAGACGCCCCUUCAGACGCCAUGACACUUCAGCUGUUUUCAGUGUGUGGACUCUCAUACUGUCUGCCUCUGCUGAAUUAAACAUUAAUGAAUAAUCUGGAGGUCACUGGUUUACAUAAAGCUUCAGAAAAUGAAGUGGAACAAGAUGACAUCUCCGUUAGGGAAAAAAAAAACACGGUACGCGCUCCGAGAUAGCUGGGGGGAUUUUGAGCGGUCGGUGUCCUGGUUUUAAGACGGAUCUGUCCUGCGGUCUCAGGUCUUAAAAGAGUGAUUUUCUCAUCCUUAACCGCUCUGAAGGAGAUUAAAGCUGCGAAAAUUUGAAAUCAUAAAGAAAUACGUGUUUGAUUUUAACCAAAAUAAGCUAGCUCGUAGCCCAGUUAGCACAAAACGAUAGAGACGCACAGUUUUGUCUGCUCUGAAAGGACUGACUCUUUUUCUUAGAAGUCUGCUGUGUUGGUUUUGUGUUUAUUAUAACAAUCACUUAAUUUAGAGAGUACAGUGCUUUGACUAAUCAAGAGAAAGGAAAAGAGAAAGACAUCACAUCAGGAUAAAAACAGAUGAGGGGCUGUGAGGUCCAAAUAAUCCAAUAAAAAAAUGAAUUAAUGAAGUAAAUGUGAUUAAAGACGGUAAAGGAGGGGAUUAAAUAAAGACGUGUAAACAAACGGCUCAAACUAGAGCAUUAAAAUAUGAGUUUUUAAAUAAAAUGAGGUCAAUAAGUCAAAGGUAAGAAAUAGCUAAAAGUUGAAUUCACAUUGGUGCGGGUCUGUGAAAGUGAGUUUUCAGAAGUGAUGUCUCUGAUUCUCCUCAGGGAGUCGAAAAAACUCGACCUCCUUUAGAUUUGAGUCUCGACUUUGGGAGGAUCAUCAGGACGUCACCUGAGGAUCUCAGACUGACAGAUCAUGUGGCGUCAGCAUUUCUAUCACUUAACCCAGACGAGCUUUGAAAGGGAUCGGUAAAAUCUUAAAAUCAUUUCUAAAAACGUACACAUGGUGUUGGUUAAAACCAGUAAGAAGAGGAGCUGCUGCGUUCUGGACAAGAUGGAGGCGAGAGAAAGAGAUUUGGAGGAAGUGACAGUAACCUAACCGAGAGAAGAGGCGAGCAUGGAGGACUUUUUCCACGUUUGAUCAGGACAGAAGUGAUUUAAUCUUGGAUAUGGAUCUUAAACGAAUGAAACGAGAUUUUCUGUCUCCUGAUCGGCAGUCUGAACCUAAAGAAGGACGACUGUGACGAAAGCUGUGACGGAAAUGAGCCUUUAAAUAUUUCCUUGGGUGAGAAAAAGACCGUGGAGGGCGUGAAAACGCUCAGCCGAGGUGUAAGGAUUAAUUUAAGACCCAUAUCAUUUUAGCAUCUUGUUUUCUGUGAAUAGAAAACACUCUCAUGGUUUUUUCGACAUCUUCUCUCACUUUGCCUUCAGUCUGAUUUGAUUUGAUGAGUUGAAAAGCGUACUACAAAAUAUCACUUUAUUUUGGUCCAAGUGUGCGGUGUUAAUUAGUACCAAUCUGCUCUCGACACCAGCUAGUGUGAACCCAAAGACUCCUGGAUAAAUCUGUGAAAGACUCUGAAAGUUCGUUACAAACAGAACAGCAAAAAUAAAAACACUUUCUCUGAAUCUUAUCUGAGGAAAAGUCAAACACAAUAUUUAGUAUCAUCCUUUAUCCAUGUCAGUCAUAUUCUGUUUACGCCCCUCGAUAAAUCAGUCGAUCAAACUAUCUGUCUGUAUUUGUGUAAAAACGCUGGUCUAAGCAGCAUCAAAUAAGAAAGCUUCUUGGAGCUGACGGAGCGCCUGUCAGUGAUAUUUUUUUGAAGCAAUACCUGCUCAAUAUCCUCAAGAUUGAAGCAGAUAAUAAAAACCAAAUAAGUUUUAAAUGUCUGUUGGGACGCCAUGCUAAACUUCGAUGUAAGCUGACAAAACAAUUAAAGCAAGCCAUGGUGUUAGCCUAGCUUAGCCUUACCUUGGAGCAGACGUAUUUAUGCUUGUUUAUUUUUGUGACAUUUAGCUGGAAAUGGAGCUUUCAACACUAUUGUAUCCACUGUAGGCCACACUCCUUCUGUGUUUUCGGCUUUGGAAAGGGAAAGAAAAUGACUCCCCCAGCCGGACUUUUGGAGUACCGAGUGUCUGAUAUCGCUUCACCAUUCCGCUUGUGGUCUGCGGCUUAUCGGACCCUGCUUACAAAGUAACGAUUGCUAGGCUUUGUGAUUGGACAGUGACCGUUUGGGGGUGUGGUUUUGCGAAAGGUCAAGUAAGAAGCCAAAAAUAUAUAUAUAUAUAUGGUCCAUCCUGUUUCUUUGGCUUUCACUGCAGCAGUUUGUCAAACCUGCACAUAUAUUUAUGACAUUUUUCUCUAAAAUACGUUAUAGUUUGAAUCCAGAUGUAAUAAAGGCAGAAACAUUGAACUGAAAGUGUCUGUAGUGCAGCACAAACUCCAAUCUGACCUCUGAAUGGAGGAGACGAAACCAUUCAGGACACAGAGAGCCUGUAAGUGAAGCCUAGAAUGAUGCAUCAUGGGUAAAAUGCCCGUUUGAUUGGAAUUUUUCACACUUGUCCCUCAACACCAGUCAGUCAAUUCACCUCACACACUCACUCAGCGUGACACACACCGUGAGCCGGUCCACUAAAGGAGUGUUUGAACAGGAAUAUUUCCCCCAAUUACCAGGCUCCUCUGGUGAAUCAUCAGUGAUAUUGUGUGAAAUCGACUGAGGCGUCUCUGUGAGAGGAAGGCCAUUAGGAGAGAAAGGAGCCCAUUAUGAUGAGGAGAGGAGUCGAGAGUAAGAGAGGAGAGGGAGUGCUGUGUAAACUCUGAGUGUGUGUAUGUGUGUGUUUGCUCCUCUGGCAUUGAUUUUCUCAGAAACAGACACAAGCAGAUGAUGAAAACAUUUAUUUCAAUGGUACUUGUUUAAGAAAGGUAGAAACCUGCAUACUUGAUGCAACUACACCAGUUUGAACCAGAAAAACACUCAAACAUCUGAGUUCACCAGGAAAUAAGUCAAGAGAUCAAAGUAAACUGUCUGCUGCCAUACAGGCUCUAUGGAAGUUAGCAUUCUUAAAAUGUAGGGCCGUGUUUUGUUUUUUCUAAAUUCUGUUUUUUUUUUUUAACUUUUUACACAUAUUUACUACCAUAUGGUGUGUACUUUUAGUGUCAGUAAAUAAUAUGCCAAUUAAUAAAAUGCAAAUAUUCCUAAAUUAUAGCUGUAAUACAUCAUUGCCCAGUAUUUCAAGUUAAAACAUAAUGCUGUAUUAUAGUAAAAGCUUUUAGUACAAAGUUUUAAUAAUUUUUAAAUGGUUGAGUCACAGAAAAAUUGAAUGUACAGUUUAAUUAGACAGUCUUUUUCUUUGUUUCUAGACAACAAGUGGUCGUCAGAUGUAUUUUUGCGUUUCUAGUCAAUGGUACGCUGACAGAAUUUGUCACCUGAUGUAUAAAAGUCAUUUGGAUAUUGCUCAGCUCUGUACUUUGGAGACAGACAAGAGUUUCAAAGUUUUUUCACAGAUGUAGCCGGUGUCUCUUGUAGGGCUGUAAUCAACCAAAGAAAUUCUUGGUCGACCAAAACCCCAGAAUUUUUAACUGUGACGGCAAACCCUUCAGCCCGGGGGACAAUGUGGCUCGGCGGGGUGAAAAUAUGCUGAUAUCCGCACAAGAAAAAAUCUGAAUAAAAAUAGAUAUUCAGCAAACCACUGGACGUCAGUUAACGUUGAGGCUCUUCAAUCUUUCUGUCUCUAGCUGGUCUCCAGUAGGUCAGGCAAAUCCAAAAUGGUGAAAACAAGGGGGGUGUUCUGAGACAGGCUGUUACCUGUAAAACAGGGGUGCUCUGUAAACACCCCUAUUAGCACUUGGUACAUUCCUCCUGAUGAAAUUAACCAUAGACUGUAAAUUGAUGUGGCAAAAAAAUCGAGUCAACCAAUAAAGUUUCCUGAAUUUACUUUUUUUUAGUCUUGCUGCAGGUUUUUGUCUCGUGCAGCGAGACUAUCAACCUCAAAUCAUCCUGCUUUGGCUUCAACCCUCUGAGAAAAGUCUUCAACUUUAACACAACAAAUCCUUUAAGUCACCUGAGCACCUGUCGUUGGGUUGAAGAAGUAUUAGGCUGUAGUGCCUUUUUCAAAAGUGCAAAAAGUUUUACCAAAGACAUCCCAAAGUGAGAACAAGAAAUGACACAAUCAGCGAAUUUUCAGAUAAUACUCUGAUAAUCUUGUCUGCAUGUUUGUUUUGUGUAUUUCCAGUUUCUUCUUCUGCUCUGUGUGGCUGAAACAGCAUUUCUAAAUAGAUCAUAAAUCAUAUUUUCUAAACUGAAGACAUGAGUUUAGACCCGGCCUCCAGCAUCCGUGCAGAUGUCCAGAUCCACAGCCUGCAUUAUAUGACCUUGCACACUCCAAUGGCGAAAGUAUUGGGCUCUCACAAACAGGAAGUGCUUGAGCUCCGGAGUGCAUGCGGUAGUUUCGGACCACAGAGCUGAGUCCAGCCAGAAACACAAGCACGCUAUAAAGACGAUGAAAUCCUCGGAGGCAGACUGAGAAUUGUGAGUUUGGGCUAUAAAAAUGAAAUCUGACAUGAUUUGACUUAAGUUGACCCGACAUGACAGUGUGAUCUUACAUGAAUAGACAGGCGCUCUUCUGUAGGGCAUCGGAGACAGUCGGGGUUUGACUUUGGAAAGAUUCUGAUGAAAUCUAUUUCAUGGAGUUACAUCAGGUUAAAUGCAAAUAUCACAGCAGGACUACACGCUCAGUGUGUGUCAGCUGACAUCUGACCGCGACUACAUGCUGGUCCUGUUUGCUUUAACCGGCCUUGGUAAUCCAUUAGAUCCAGCAUCCAGGGAGCUCACCUGCAGCCAGGUGAGACAGAAUCAUGUUAACAUGCUGUGCUAAUGUUCUCCACAUUUGCAGCUCACACACUCACAUGGAGUCGGAUGAGUUUCUCUCACUGUCAGUGUUGGAUUGUAUCCUAUCACAAUGUUGUGUUUUUUUUUCUAAAGUGUCAGCUUAUCUGCCCAUCUGGUUAUCCAUCCAUCCAUCCAUCUAUCUAUCCAUCCAUCCAAAGAAAAUGUGCACUGGAUGAGUAAGCAGCUGUCGUUCUACUGCAGCAUGAACGGUGCCGUUCACUCUUAGUUCUGCAUGAUGUGAGCUGGCCUGUUUUUAGAGACAUUUAUGAUCUUUGCUCCAUAGGUGCACUUUGGCUCAUGAUAUUGAUACAGACCAGAUCGACUAAUUAAGUUUUCAAAAUGAUAAGCAAUCAGGUUUCCAGACCAGAUUGAACUAUUAAAUUUGAACUAGAGUUUUCCUGAUGGAUGACUGAGAAAUAUUUAACGAACCCCGACAGACUCUCCGACACAUGCUCCAAAAUCAAAUGAACUCGUCAUUGUUUGUUUUUUCCUUCUCCAUCUAUUUGCAGCCUCACAGUCUCUCUCCAUUAUUGCACUCACUGUUUUUCUGACGACUCCCAUCUCUUCCCCUCAUUUCUCAAUCUCACAUAGACAGUUCCUCACUUCUGUGCCAUUCCUUAUUUGUUCAUUUAUCUCCCCGCUGUCCCUCCUGCAGUUCUUCUCUCUGUAAUGUCACACAAUCUGUUACACAGAUGAUGGUUGCACCAGCUGACCUGCCCUGCUUCUCCAGUUUCUGCUCCUUCUGAACUUUUAGUAAACAAUGCUCAUGCAAUACGAUACAGUACAUGAGGGUAAGAUUCGUUACGAUACAAUACGAUAUAUAUCGUCCCUCGCUGUCUCUCUCUCUGGCGGCAGGUGGCUGUCAAACCCCCAAGGUUCGCCGCAUGCGGAAAGGCACAACUGCGGAAUAGCUGCAAUUUUUGCUGGAUGCAUUUUUGAGGCAAAUUUCGGGGUGAAUUUCAGACACCGGGAAUCACAAGGACUCACAAGAACACGCGAAUUCGCAUGCCAUUGCGCAAUAAUGAGUUGUCUCUGUAAAGACAACCACACAACCAUAAAGGCAGUAGAUUGUGUCCUUCCAGAGGAGGAAAUCCACUCUGUCCAGACCAGUAGAUCAGACACUUUUGUGGAGAUUCGGAAUCAACCGUGGUUAAGUGCAAUAUUUAGCUUUAUCUUGUUCGUCUCCGCUUACGUUUGCAUGGUGUGAAAUACAAUCCGCCUGAAACAUGUAAUGUUUUAUUUUGAAAAGAAGCUGGAUGUUUUAUUCCAGCACGGGCUAAUCUGUGCUGAAUUUAUGCGGCAUGCUGCGGCUUCCAGAAAAAAUAGAACCCUGGUGAUCAACUACGAAGCUUGAUGGCCUUUUCGUUGACGUUCCGCAUGCUGUGGAAUUUUGGGGUCACAUGAGUGCGGUUCUGCUCGAGGUUUCUGCCUGUUAAAGGAAGUUCUUCCUCUACACUGUAACCUGUUUAAAUACCUCAAAGUGCUUCACUCAUGUUGGUUUAAGAUGGGUUUAAUCUUUUCCCAUCUCGAGGUUGGGUCUUUUGUAAUAUGUAAAGCAACGAGUUAGGUCUAGACCUGCUCUUUUGGAAUGAAAACUGUUGUGAUUUCGUAUCAUUAAAUAAAAAUUGAAAUUGAUUGAUACAAUACGAUAGUACACCGAAUAGUUUGAUGAUUAAACAAAGUGAUAUGAAACCAUAUAAAAUGAAACUUUAAGAUUCAAACUGAUACGAUAUGAUACUUCAGACUUUAUCGUCCCUGUUUUAAAUUUACUUAAAAAUUUGUCUUGGACUUAUGGUAGCCACCUCCAAAGUAUUUUUAUUGGUUUAUAAGUAAAAGAAACAAAGAAACAACAUUAUACAAUCUGACUUGUUUCUGUCCAUUGAAUUAUAAUGGAGUAGUUGGUUUGCAGGCUGCAGGGCAGCGUCAGUAAAAUUUAGUCUAUAGUUUCAGUAUUAUAGUCUUUGGAAACAUCUGCUCAAACUUUGUAAGUCAAGUGUCUGUAUUGAUAUAAAAAUCAAAUAUGAAUGACCACGUUCCCCUGAGGACUGGUCUUAUUUUCUGUCGAUGGUGCUCUGAACUUAAGUUUCUCACUGCUGGCACCUUAAACGCCCCUCAGAGCCAAGUUCUGGGAGCCCACCAGUCCAAGAGCAUCUGCUGUCUGUGUUUCAAGCUUUUAUUUGGGUUUGUUUUGUCUCCCCGACUGAUUGAACCAUGUCUACUGUCAGGAAAGAUAAAUAUAUUUUUGAGACUAAAUAUUGGCCCAGUUUAAGUGUGCUGAGAUUCAACAGCCAAACAGGAACGCAGCACGUGCUGAACGUCGUCCAAGUCUGAAAUAAGUCAAGUCUACUGGAAGUCUAAGAGGAUGCAAGCGUCUCUGUUAGGACUGAAGUCUACUGUGAUUCUUUAAUCUUAUGGAUGUGAUGAUAAAAAGAGAGAUGCAUGACCGAAGCCUAAAUACGUUUGAUAUUUGUCCAACAACACCAGCUUGUGUUGUUAGCUCUGAUAAUGUGGGGAUGCACAGUUUUCAUAUUCUUUAUUAUUUGAAUGAACUAAUUUUAUAAAAAAAAAAUAAUAAUAAUAAUCUAGAUUGUAAAUGUUGACCAUAGACUGUAUAUAGGAUUGCACAAUCUGCCUCCUAGCUGGGUAAAGCCACUGCGAGAACAGCACCCUCUGGUGACGGGCUGCAGUAUAGGUCAUAAAUCCCGCCUCCUCCAUCAAUCCCUAUGGAGUUGUGGACAAACUUUAGAAAUUAAUUACACAGAAUAUACAUUUUUCUCUCGCCUGUUUCUGAUGUUGACAUGUAGUUACUGUCAGACUGGUUUGUGCUCAAGUCCUCUUUUUUCUGUACAGCUCCAUUUUUAAAAGUUAUUCAGGGGUUCAUGUUUUAUAUGAUUGACACUUGAUACAGUUGAUGGGCGUACAAAGAUUGCGUAGCUCACGGGGGGAUAUGCUGUUUGAGCCUAGUGUCAUCUUAGGGAUUCUCCCACCGAAUGCGUACAACGCUACUGCACAAGUGGUGGUUCCAGAAAGUGGAGAAAAUCCCGGGAAUACCGAAAGCAAUUCGACUUCAAAUAAUGAUUGAAGGCGGAGCCAAGUUGUCCGUAGUGUAUACAGUCUAUGGUAUUGACAAAUAAAUCCAUCUCACUUUGAAUAUAAAGAAUACAGUGACAUCAACAGGCAUCAAGCAAAUGCCUAGAAAGCUGCAGGUUUGUGCAUAUCUUUGAGUCUCUUCGUUUGUAUUUUUAAGUCAUAUUUCACUGUUUCCCGUGUCGCCGAACCUCUGCCGCUCUAUCUCUUUUAUCCUCUGCAGGUUUCGCGUCAUGGUUUGUUUGUCCAACAUUAAUGCAGCCACAGGGGUGAAAACACACAUUAGCACAGACAUGAACCAUGUUUUCAAUCAUUCUGUUUGAGGUUGUGUAUUCGGCAUGCAUGAAUUACUAACCCUCAGUACAAGUGGACUGCAUAGAGAGGGCUCGGUCCAGAAGAAGGGUUGUCAAGCUGAGUCAUGGCUGCUUGUUUUGUUUUCUUUAAUGGCCUCAUCCUGGCAUGUCGUGGAGGAGCUCUGAGCCAUCGAUUGUUGUGUUCACAUUGUCAUUGUGAGUCCGGGUUCAGCUCCAACUGUUUCCGCUCAUUAUCUCAUUUUUAGCACUCAUGGUUGGCUGACUGCACAUUUCCAUGUCAUUGGAUGUUUUUUUAUUUUUUGGGGGGGUUGUGCAGUAAUGUUGCACGUUCUGUACUCCCACACAGUUUCCUGUUUAUUGAACACAUCUCUUAGGAAAAUGAGACUUUAUGUUGGCCUGCGGGCUCAUAUCUCCUCCAGAAACGCUGUUUCUCCUGGCGCUCUGGGAGUCAGCGGAGCGUCCGUCCAGCAAGCGAAGGUUGAAGCCGCCGCUUCAUUACACCGCUCUCGUCUGUGUGCAGCCUCAUCUCACGUACACAUCAUUUAUUUAAGAUAAUAAAGCCGGGGUCAGAUUUGUCUCUGUGUGAAUGUGAGUGGGUGCGAAGCUUCAUCGUAGGAGCGGAGUUUAAAAACAGCUUUUAGUUUCCAGUUUUUCCCGACACAGAUUGUCCAACAGUCUGUUCUUCUGGCUCUUAAUCAACUCAAGAUAUUAGAGAAGAUGAAUUUAAUAUCCAGUGGAGAAAAAGGACCAACACCAUCCAACACUAGUCAUUACUGGAGGUUUAGUCAAGAGGAACCAGCUUUACUUUGGCCCCCCAACUCCUCCCAUAUCGACCCAACUCUGAAUAAGAGACGACUCCCUAUUUUUAUAACAAGACCAGAUCUUGUUUUAUAAAGAAAUCAGUUUUAAAUGACCACAGUAAUACAACAAACUCUUUACAUAAAAACAUGUUUUCAGUGUCUUUAAAUACUUAAAGUGUCAUAUUUGAACAGAAUUAAAAACAGUCACCUGUCCCACUAAAACAUUUAUUUGAUCAGUAUCUCAUUAUCACACAAAUUUAAAUAAAACCUGUAGGUCUUCAGCUGGAUGGAAAGUCAGGACAAAAAUUGGUUUGGGUUGGAUUAGGUUUAUUUUGGUCUGUGCUGGAUUUGACUCAGUUAGAUCGGGCUGGUUUACUUUGCAUUGAAUGGGACUGGAUUGGACUGGACUGGAUUUGCUGAAUUUUGUUUUAAUUGGAUUGGACUGAAUUUGAUUGGAUUGGAUAUGAUUGGGUUAGAUUUGCUGGAUUGGUCAUUGGAUUACUCUUUUGGAUUAUAUUGAUCUAAGUGGAUUGGAUGGAUUAGCUAUGUCCUCAAAACAUGUUCAUAAAACAGGAUAACAUCUAUUAGUGAUCCUUGCAGUUUGCAUGGGAAGUACAUUGUAAUCUCUUCUGAUCAUCAGUGAAAGAUUUUUCAAAGACUUCACUUUAUGUCAGUUUUUUGGUUUGUGCAUAAAAACAACAUGGUCUGUAGUGGAAAUUUUGCGGAUGUGAACAGGUGUCAGAGUAAAACCUUUCAGAAGUCUUUCAAAGUUUUUUUACUUUGUAGACCAAGUAGACAUGAAGUCAGAUAUCUCCUCAGGAGCUCAGAGAAGACACAGGUGAGCUGCUACCCUCUGGAUAUCGCUGAAGUCUCUGUUAUAUAACUCUGCGCUCAGGACCAAACUUUGGUUACACUUUGGAAAAGUUUUCAGUCCAUGAUGUGAAAGAGUUGGACAGACCAGACAGCACAGUGAUGAGAAGCUUUGAAGCUUUGUUCCUGUCUUUGGGAGCAGCAGUUAUUGAUCUCCAUCCACAGAUGGAGUUCACCCAGACAUUCAAGUAUUUACCUCUGUGAGCUCUAAAAGAGCUCUUUAUUCUGUGGAAAUGUGCACAGUUCUGACAAGGUUCAUUUAGAGGCUCUGUAUUUAAACCGAUCACGAUGAGAGGGCUUUGGUUCGAAACUUUUCCCAAUCCUUAAAAAAUAACUAAAAAUCUGAUGAAGAUUCUAAAUUUGUGAAAUGACACACUGAGAAUUUGGAAAAAAAAAACAAAUUUGAGGAGUGUUCCCCUUGAAGAUUUCCUCGCCUAAAUUAAAAAGCACCUCCGCCAAUGUCAGGCCACAUUACUACACUUUGAGGAAACGUGAUAUCAGGCUUAUUAGGCUUCAGGGAAAAUGAGCGGUUCAGCUACGUGACGAUAAUUAGUAAGGUCAUCUAGUAACUCCAUUGAGCUGAGAUGCUUUGAAAUCUGUCUGAUUCGGUUACUCAGUCCAACCUCCAGGAGUCUGUGAUUGAGGAUUUACUCUGACAUGACCUGUGUGACAUCUCUGUGAGACAUGUCAUACAGUAGACAUAGAACACAUAGAAGCUGAAGCCAAUACUCUAUCCAGAAGGUCUUAACUGUUUGAUUUAAGGCCGGGCCCGCAGUGGAGGCAUUUAAGCUCAUAUGAGGUUGACUUCAGUGGGUCAGGUCCCUCUCUCCCCAGCGUGUAGCUCUCCCUGCACAAAGAGCCCUGCUGUUGAAGUUAAGCUGUAUCUGUCUGGAUUUGAAAGCCCGUCUCCCGCUGCUCCAUAAAGAAGCCAGUGUGAAGCGAACAGUUUCUUCUUCUCAGCGAGGGCACAACUUUUUUUGGCUCCCUCAUGGAGCCGAGAAGCCGUGGAAGCCCAGAGCAAUCUUUUGAAUUUUAAGGAAUCCCUUUUCACCGCUCAGCUGAGCAGCACUAAUUCCACGAGACAGCGGCAGCAGCGUCUUGGCUGUGGGGCAGUGGGCGGACGGUGGAGUGUUUAGUUUUCAGACAGAUCAAGUACUUGGAGAAGCUGCCACAGACUGCUCCGCUCCGCUCCUCUGUCUCUUUAAAAGGAAAACGGUUUCUUCGCAGGCGGAGCUGCAGGGACUCUUUUAGGGAGUCCUACGGUCCCUGAACGCCUCACAUACUGACAGCGAUCGUGUUUCCAUUACUUGAACUUUGGUCUAGGCUAAAUGGUCAUAGAGCUUUAAAAGGCGGUCGCAAAGCUUUAAUAAAGAUGCCGCCGAUUCCUCAGCUGACUGUUGCCAUAGCAACUGUUGUCCUGAUGAUUAAUCCAUGAUAAGAUUUCGUCUAGCAGUGCUGGACUUUUGUUCCCAAAACCAAAAAAAUGAGUGCAGGUAAGAGAUAAACUAAUGAACCUUUGAUUGUCUAAACUUCAUCUGGUGAAAUAAUAAGCCAAUAAAAUCAACAAAGUCUUUUCAAGAACUUCUACUGUUCAAUUUAUGAAACUGUAUCUUCAAGAGAUUGUGAAAAGGGAGAGGAGCAGGAGGGGGAGGAGGAGAGAAGGGAGAGGAGCAGGAGGGGGAGGAGGAGAGCAGGGAGAGGAGCAGGAGGGGGAGGAGGAGAGCAGUGAGGAGCAGGGAGAGGCAAGUGUCUUAAAAACCUGUAUGACUGAAGUGUGAGAGAUGAAUUUCAAAAUAAAAUACAACUCCAGUCUUGAUGUUUUAAAGGACAUUUGAUAAAACACUUGAUACUGACUAUACACCGAUUUUAUCUGAGGGAUAGAGACAAUAUCACAGGAACACACAAAGACAAAUUAUUACCUUAUACAUAAUAAAUGACCAGCACAGGUCUACAGUAACAAAAACAUUAUCAAUUAGUUUAGCUGAUUCAAAAUUGUGGUGUCGACUAACAAGAGUGACAGAGUUUAAUCGUUUAGACUUUGUAGGAAAGUUUGGGACGAUUCAGACGUUCUCCAGGUCUCAUCAGGACACGGCUCCAUCUAAGGCAGGGGUGUCAAAGUCAAAUGGACGGAGGGCCAAAUAAAAAAUUUAGCUAUAAGCCGAGGGCCGGACUGAUCGAAUGUUCAUUGAAAAUUUUUUAAAUGACGCAUAUAGUCUAGUGAACCUAAUUGAACCUACUGAAAACCUAACAAAUAUAUUCCAAUAUGAUCAGAUAAAUAAAGCAAUAUUUUCUUAUGGCUCUGUCAGUAAUCUUUAAUUUUCAACAGACACAAAAGACAAAUUUCCUUUAUAUAAAAAUCCCCAUAACAUGAACAUUAAAUGAAAGAAACCGGUAUUAUUCAAGGCACCAUCAGUAGCCUAUAUUUUCUAUUUUAGCAAAAGUGGGCUAAAUUUACUUCAAAGAAAAAAAUAAUAAUAGCAAUUUUCUAUCAUCCACUCAACUGAAAUAUUUUUAAAAUAUAAUUGGAUUGAAAUACAAUAAAAUAAAGUGCAAAAAUCUAUUAAUCAAAAACAUGUCCAUAAUCAUGUCCAUAUUCUUGUUUUUGUCCGCGUGUUUCGUUUCAUAAUGUCGUCUCAGAUUAUACUCUUUCAGUACCGCCACACUUUCUCCACACAGAAGACACACAGGUUUUCCAGCUACCUCCGUGAACAUAUACUCCGACUCCCACCUUGUUUGAAACCCCCGGUUCUCAGUGUCCACCUUCCGUUUUGCCAUUUUUGAUGGGUAUCUGAAAGUUUAUUUUACUGUUAUGCUGACGACUGCUGUGCAAAUAAAUAUUGAAAUGAAGCAGCCUACUGCUCGGUGCGUCACCGUUGCAUUGUGGGAAAUGUAGUAUUGGUGCGUGUAAAAGAUCUGCGGGCUGCCGGCUUGCUGCGGUCUGCGGGCCGGUUCUAAUAAUAAAUCAAGGUCAUCCCAGGGGCCGUAAAAAACCUUCUCGCGGGCCGGAUGUGGCCCGCGGGCCUUGACUCUGACAUAUGUGAUCUAAGGCGUCUGAUAGUGACAUGAUGGCAGACUGGAGUACGGUGGUUUCUGUCUUAAAGAGGAUCCAAAACCGUCUCUGUAGUGAUCUUUUCUCUAAUGUAGUCCACGCUGUCUGUCCUUUCAUUCUCACUGCUCACCAACAAGGACAGGUGGUGUUGAAAUCCUCCUUUAAACUGCAUUUACACAAAUCAGGACAUAAUCAAAAAAAGAUUUUCAAAGAAUUUCAAAGUUUUCUAAGAACUUCAGCCCCACUUUGAUCUCAAAACCGUCUCAUGAGCUACUGUCGCUUUGAAAGUCCUGAGACCAGGUGAGUCAUGAUCUAAAGUCAGUGCUUGUGCCUCUCAGUUAAAUUAGCUCAUUAUACUCACACCUGGCUGCUGCUGAGGAUUUAAUAUGCGAAUACAGACUGGACCAAGCUGACGCCACAUGGCAGCGCCUGUACUCGGCCUGCCGUCUGUCCUUGGUGUUUUUUCACAGCCUUAGUCACGCUCACAGUCCUCUCGACACCUGUUUUCAGACACACUCUCUGGUACUGUCUGCUAAACUUUCAUGCUGCUCUGAGAAAACACAGCCAGACUCUUGAGGACUUACUGUUGUUUCUUCCCUCUCAUUCUGCUAAACAUUCGGGUCUCUGGAGACGCCAUAAAUCCAGGGCAGAGUCUGGGAUUGUGCAAACAAAAAUACUGUCUGUUUGGUUUCAUUGUUUUCUUUCUGGCACAGUGGGAUUUAUAUAAUCUUAAUAAUGAUUCACAGUCUAAUACCAUGUUUGCUUGUACACUUAAAAAGCUCUGCUAAAGAGCUGAAAGAAAAAGACGAGAGAUGCAUUUAAUUGGACCUGAUUGAAACAACUUUUUACCACAAAUAAAGACGAGGAAGUUACUCCUUAGAAGUAUUUAGGCCCCAAAAAACAGAGUCGGAUGUUUAAUUAUUCGGCCCUGUUAUUAAAUAGUCCACUAUAAAAAAGUCAAGUGUGUCUCUAAAUGGAGAAAAAGUACAUCUAAGACAGAGAGAGUGUUUCUCCAGUGUAUUUCUUACAACUGGAAAACUAUUAAUAUUAGGAAUUAGUAGUCGAAGUAGUAGUUGGAAGUUUCUAUGGUAGGGAGGCCGACAUUCAGUCAGUGCCCCCCAAAUUUGACAAGCAAUACGAAUUUCUGGAAACCAACCGAUGGAAGUUUAAGCUAACGUUGAUACUUAUGGAAAGUUUAUCAAUCCACCUGUCUUCCUGCUGCAAUAGAGAAAGUCCCCCUGAUCCAAGUCCAGUGAAACGUUAAAUUCAAACAGACCCAUGGCUUAAAUCUACAAAAUCAGAAUCUCGCUCAAGUUGUCUGUGAUCCGUCUUCUUUCUCAGGUAAGGACUAAAGGCUGCUAGUGCUGGGAAUUCAGAUCCUUUAGCUCUACAACACCUGACCUUUUCUGCUCCGAAACGGCUCCCUGAAGCUGGUUUUUCAGAGCUGAGUCCUUUGAAACCAACACAUGCUACCCAUCUCAGUUUAUGGCCACUGUCAGCCGUCACAGCGCUGCGCCCCUGCAUUUGCGUUGGCUCAUGUGAAAAUAAUGACGAUAAAUGUGACGAUGGCGGGCUGAAAUCCAUUAACAAAACUCAGAUGAAUUUAGGUUUUGUUUUAGUUAACAAGAUAAUCACGAGAUGAAAUUGUUUAGGGUGGAACUCUAGACUUAAAUUUUUUAUGUUUUCCCUGCAGAAGGUCUGAUCCGUCACUUAAAAUGUAAAUAAUGCAUUCCUACAACACUUAAAGCCGUGCGUUAAUAAAGACACACACCAGUUUAGUGGUUCAUGUUUUUCACGCCAUUACCAUUAACAGCUCUGUGUUGCUGUAUCCUGGUUUGGAGACACAUUUGGGGCAAAUUUAAGAAGACAUUUGACUGCAUUUCACAGAGGCUGGUUCACCUGAAGGACAAAACCCCCAGACACAAACAGAGCAAUGUGGUGAAUGCCCCGAAAUGCACUGAAGAAUGAGGGACUCCUACAUCGGGGAACAAAACAGCCAUUACAUGAACGCAUGGCCCAGUAUGGAGAGCCAACUCUUCAGGCCAGGACUGAGCUGUUUACCUUCAUCUGGAGGCUUUAGGACUUUCCUUUGAGGACAACAAUGAUAGGAUACCGUCAAGGGAAGACUGCUGGUUUGACAAGGAGGCCGUCUUUAUCAAACUGGAGAAACUAUCCUUGGACAGAAACGGCGGACUAAGGCGCUUGAUAUUCCCGACUUAUAAUUCAGCUUUGGAUUCCUCUUGACAACAAUCGAAACAACGCUUUCGUGCUAGAUAACAGGCUCCAACAUCAUACAAGCAUGGCACACCUGAAGAGACCAGGCCAACGGCCCUACUAACAACUCUCAGGUGACCACCCAGCCCUUUUACAGCUGGAGGACCAACAGAGGCUCUAGAUUUUCAACUUUGGCCCAAGUGCCUUUAGGAGUAAAGAUUUUGGAGGAGGAUGGUCUUCAAGAACCUCAAACAAGUCCAGCUGACCUUUCAUCUAGGAACUGGAUGAUGUUUUAAAGCAAUGAUAACCUGUAAACCACUGAAGAUGAGGAAUUUUAGUCCAAAGACUGAGAUUGAGAUUAAAUCUAAACUAGCUGCCAGAUUAACACAGUACCCAAGAAAACUCAAGCAUGGGGGGGCAGCGAAACCUGGGAUUGAACCCCCAACUAUCUGAUUGAGAGACUUUACCACCGAGCCACAGCCGCGUCCUCGUGGGAUCUUCAAUUUAUCUGAGUGGAAAGUCUGGCUGCAGCUUUUUGUUAAAUUCGAAGACGUGUCAGGGCAGAUUGACCGAGGCAGGAAAAUAGAGACAUGCUAAAGUGGAGGUGAGUCCGUAAACGCUCAUAUUUCAUUUUCACAGUAAGAGCAGCAGAAAUGGACCGAUCGGUUUUCAUGUGAAGCUCAAAUCUCAGAAAAGGUUGAACGAAACGCCUUGACUUCUGGAGAGAGGUUUGUAACAUCCUCUAUGUGGACUUAAUUUUAGAUUUGAGCUCAUGCUGGAUUAUAUAUACUGCCUUCAUAUGAGGGGGUGCAGCUCUCCAGUCCUCCCAGUUCAUCUCUCAGCUUCCUAUGUGGUUCUUCAGAGGAGAGAGGGAGGAGGAGGCCUCAAGAGAUCAGCAGCUAAUCCACCCUGACACUGAGUCCAACUUCACUCAGUUUACAGAGAAAAUUGAUUUAAAGGAAGCUACAGCUCAGAGGAUUCAUUCUGUGGGUCUCCCUCCUGCUCUAAUACAAUUAAAGAUCACAGAUGUGGGUGUUUCGGGUCCUCCCGGAUUGACCGAACCUGUCAUGUGAAAUUAAAGUCUUCAGUGAAUUUUCUGCGUUUGUUGACGACGAGGGAGGAAAGAUUUGUGAGGGCUGCUGGCUCGUCGUGACGGGGAUCUGAGAGGAGAGAAAAAAUAAAAGAGAGAAAAACCCUCAAACCAAGUCCUCUGAGCAGACUGAAUCACUGUCACUGCACUGACUGCAGUGUUUGGAGCAACAUCGCCACCUACUGUCCGAGCUGACCCACCAGAAGAGAAAAACACCCACACUGUGUCGUCAGUGUGUUUGAGCACUCUCACAGCUCCUCAUGCUGAAUUUUACUUUAGUGAGAGAGGAGUGGAUUCAAGAGCUGGUGGGUUGGGAAAUUGACUCUUUUGUGGUUGCCCACAUGCAUGCAGAGACAAAUAUUUAGAGUUAUCCUGAAGUUAAUAAAACUAUUCAGAAUCAAGGCAUGAACACAGCUUUUUAUCAUAUUUUGGACGUUAGUUUUGCAUUUCUGUCUCAGCCUCACCUGUGACCCAAUAGUCAUGAAUUUCCUUCCAGAUCUUAUCCUCAAGCUUGACUUGCAGAAUCAGUUUUCUGCUGGUCUGGUCCUCCGCCUGUAAAAACCUUUGUUAGAAGCUGAUGUCAGGAAGGUUUGGAUCAGAGUCCAAAGGUCUUUUUCAAACUGGUUCCCUCUCAGAACAGAGUGAUGGUGUUCGACAUCAAAAACACAGCUCAGGAACAAAUCAUUAAGGUGUAGGACUCAGAUACAGCAAAACUGGACUCUCUUUCUGUCGUCUUCUAAAAAGCACCUUCACAUUACAUGUCCCCAUCACAUGCUGUCAGCAAAGGCUGCUGUAUAUAGAGCUUAUCUCCUGUUGACACGAGACUGGGUGCAGCAUCAGGGGCCGGAUGGGGUCAAGGGUCUUGACUGAGGACACUUUGACAUGUGGGAUUGAGUGAUGACCACCCAUCCAUCUUCUAGCGCUUAUCUGGAGUCAGGUCGCUUCCCUCUCCCAUGCUACUUCGUCCAGCUCUUCCCGGAGGACCCCAAGGUGUUCCCAGAUCAGCUGAGAGACAUAGUCUCUCCAGCGUGUCCUGGGUCUUCCCUGAUGUGCCCUGAACACCUCAACAGCACGGCACCAAAGCCACCUCCGACUCCCCUCAAAGCAGUGUCCACAUCACUGCCCAUGCCGCACCAAUCUACCUGUCGAUCUCUCGCUCCAUUCUUCCCUCACUCGUGAACAAGACCCCGAGAUACUUGGACUCCUCCACUUGGGGUAAGAUCUCAUCCCUGACCCAGAGAGGGCGUUCCAUCUUUGACCCAUGAAUUCAGAUUUGGAGGUUCUGAUUCUCAUCCUAGCCGCUUCACACUCGGUUGCGAACUGAUCCAGUGAGAGCUGAAGGUAACGGCCCGAUGAAGGCGACAGGACCACGUCAUCUGCAGAAAGCAGUGACCCAAAUCUGAGACCACCAAACCAGACCCCCUCAGGUCUGGUUUGGUGGGAUUGGUGCCAAAAGGAAGCCCUGGCAGAGUCCACCUCUCACCAGAAACCAGUCUGGCUUAGAGAGACGACCAACUCUACCAAAAUUGUACUUUUAUAUUUAUUUGGAAACAAGUAGGGAUUCCUCAGCCCCCUAGUGGACACUUGAGGAUCUGCAGGUUUUGCCCACAACUUCUGUCCAAUCAGUUAACACCAUGACUUCAUCAGGCACUGUUACUCUUGUGUUUAACUCUUGAAUACUUCAUAUUCUGGAUUUAAAUCACAUUUGUGGCUCUGUUGCAUACCUCUUAUUAUUUUUAGUUUUCCUAAAAAACAGUUUUUGGAUGUCUUCCUGUUCUUGGACUUGUGACUAAUAUGAUGAAGAUGGCUAAACCAGCGCCUCAAUCAGCUCUUCUCUCACUUUAAAUUUUAGAAAUUAAGUUCUCUAUUCCUUCCCGUUUGUGUCCUCAGCCAGGUAACUUCCUGAGGAUCUACAACCUCCAUGCAGUCCCGGGAUCCAUUACCGGGCCGGGCAUCAUUAGUGACCACAGAGAGAAGGAGGAGCACCUGGUUCUUUACCUGCAUGGAGGGGCGACGUACGGCAGGGGGAUGCAGAUUCUUCCUGAGGACAGCUCUGACGUGCGGGAGCUGAAGAGGUACAUCAGGAGGAGGAGAGGGGGACAUGAACCUGAACCAAGAGAUCUCAGACUUGGAAUAAAAUAUGAGAUCUAGAUCAGUGCAUCAGUUCUGGACCAGAAACAGCACAGUCGAGGUUUUAGCAACAGCUGCCUUUUAUUUAUUCGAGGGUUUAAAGGUUUUAAGCUGCUGUUUCUGACAAGAACUAUUGGAGGGAAAGUUAUAUUUAAAAUCUGCGUUAGUUGAUUAUCCCAAACUGAAGAUCUUUAUUUGUCACAGACUCACUUCCACAGAUGGGCUGAAGAAUAUAAAGACUGUAUCAUAAGGCCAUGCAGUAAAAAGCACUUAUAUUUAAGCUCCAAAAGAAACAUAAUCGCGUGUGUGCAUCGUGCAUGCAGAAACAGACUGGAUCCAUUUCUUCGGUCUGGAACUGCUGCACUGAAACUUUCAUCCAUCACUGUUUAUUUCUGUGUUUUUUAUCCGAAUAUCUGCAGAUGUCGAUGUCUGUGCACCCUUCUGCACUAUGACUGAAUAUUCAGCAUUGACUGUGUACGAUAUGACUGCAUGUUUGUCAUGAAUUUGUGUGAAAUUGCAGAAACAUCGCCGCCUUCCAGAUGGACACCAGCAUGAGUGACUCUGAGAUGAUAGAUGUGUGGUGCACCCCGCCAGAGUCCACAGGUAGGAAUCAAUGCUGACCUGGUUUUAUACUCUUAAAGAUGAAUCACUGUGGUUACAGAUAUGAAACAAAUGAAAUAAGCAUGUUCAGUAUUAACGUAGAAACAUGCUUUGAGGUAGAGAUCUGGUGUGAGGAUAUCUAUGUCAGUGAUGCUUUAGCAAAAGUUUCCUUCAGGGGAAACAGAGUUUUAUCGUACCAACAUGCUGACUGCUGGUAGAGACCACUUUCUCUCCUCAGUCGGGAUGGGAUAUUUAGGUGGAUGGACUCAAGCUGAAGGGGCUUUGCUCCAUUAUGAGGGCCUCCUAAAAGCCCAGACUUCUCCAGGGUUCGAGUUAUAAAAGCAAACUCCAGCUGUGGCCUGAAGGUUUUCCUGCAGUUUCAAAACUUGGUAGUGAAAGCAUCGUUCUCUGAUUUGAGGUCUACGGGUUUUUUUGUAAUUUUAAAGCCACUAUGAGGACUUACCAUAAUAAUAACAACGGUGAGUCUCUAUGACCUCUGACUACUUCCCUUAUUUGUAAUGUCUGUAACAAAUUGGGUACAUUUACCCUCUCUCUGUUGUCAUAUCUACAUCAGCCAUUAAAGUUCCUCAGCCCUGGUUUCAUCUGUUAGAUCUGGGUCCAUCUGGGAGUCAGUCAGAUAUCAAUGGGGGGCCCCUGCCACCCUUCGCUGACCUCAGACACGCCCCUGUCAGCUGUAUCAGCUCAGCUAUUAUCGUUAUGCCUCAUUUUGUUGGUUUCUGUUUGAGUCCAACAAGUCUGUCAUGAAAUCAGAGAGUCUGUGAAUAUUUCUCUUUCUUCAAACUUUGAUUAAGCAGUUUCGUCAGAGAGACGCUGCGACCACGACGUACAGCCGAAGACGCUCUUCCAGUUGAAGCAGUCCAAACCCAGUGGAGUCCACCACGUCAGGGUCCAGCUGAGAUCCUACGAGCCGUUCAGACUCUACCAGGCCCUGAAACUCUACUGCAGCAAGUGCAAAACGAUGUAGGUGCACACACACAAAACUUACAAAGAGUCGCAACGCAAACAUUCAAAUCUUGUUUUUAAUAGAUUUAUUUUGCUCGUGGUUUCUGAAAUAGAAGUUGGUUAAUCUGGCUUUCAGGGUCAGAGUAGAUCAUUAGAUCAUUUCAUAAAUCUGAUCUCUCUCUGACUCUUCUCUGUGAUUUCAGUCGGGAGAUCCCAGACGAGGAGACAAUUGCUGACGUCUUCUCGAAAGCGGCCAGAUCCACUCAACCCCACAGUCCCCUCCCGUUCUUAGUCUCAGAGCGGCGCAGUUUCUGGAAGUGUCUCUCUGAAUAUUUUUUUGAGGCUCAUAUUCUCACCUAUUUCGUGCCCCAGAGAUUAAGGGAGCUCAUCUUCCUCAGAGGUAAAGACUUUGGCUCUUCAGGAGGCAAAAUAAAUGAAAAGAAAUAACCCGAUUUUUAUUUUAGGCCACCAUGAAACUCCCACAAACACAAAGUCAACGCACCCUAAAGCAGGUUCUGCUCUUGCAGGUUUGACUCUGGAGGAAAUGUGUUCGAUGGCGUCCUGCUACCACAACGUCAUCCCUGUGAGGUCAUCAAGAGGAGACAUGGCUCUGCUCGACCUGUUCGUACCGUUCCUGUUCAGAGGGAGGAGGAGAUACUACGGGUCAGAGAACAACCAGGCGUUGGCUGGAAAUUGAAACUAACAAGAAGAUAAUGUGUCUGUUUUAUUUUUAAUGAGUGUUAAUAUUUAACACUUUGGAUAUGUGAUGGAGUUUAAAGUAAGCCUGCAGCUAUCAAAUAUUUUAGUAAUCGAGCAUUCGACGGAAAAUUCUUUGAUUAAUCCGAUGAAACUUUUUUUUUUUGUUUAGUCAAUAAUUCUAAAUACGACGUUGGCAAGUCACAUUAACGUUAAUCUCGUUAAUUAGGGUGUCCAAAUUGGAGUUUGUGAACCGGUUUGAGUAUUUGUGGAGGAAAUGAAGUUAUAGAUUUAAUCUCAUACAACAAAAUCCAGGAUGACUUAGAAAGAGGAAAUGUUCGGGGGAAAAUAGGAAGUCUCGUCACCCUACGUUAACUUAACUUGACCUCGUCUUGGGUCCCCCGCUCUCAGACUGUCUUAAAGUGAAUACACAUAACGGUGUUCGCCUUGAUUUCAAGCUUAACAUGUUCCAACACUUUGAUUUUCUGUCUGUAGUGCCGUUGCAAAAAUCAAACACCCCUGCCCCCUCCUCUGUCUUUCUUUUUCAGGUACCUGCCACGUUAAAACUAGUCUGAACUAAACACCUGCUUUGAGCUGUACAAAUUAAAUGAUUCCUUUUUUUAAUCGAGGUCCUCGAACUAUUGUAAGAAUUGUUUCAGCCCUGGUUUAAAGGCGACCUCUAUGCAGCUCCAUGUUUUAAUACAAAUGCAUUAACCAUUAAUAUAUAUAUAUAUAUAUAUGAACACAUAAAAAAAUACAUACCUUCAUAAGUAUCAUUUUCCAGUGUUGGAUGUCCUUACUAAACUGUGACUAAGUUGUUGAGUCACUUUCAGAAACUCGUGAAGUUUCAUAAGUAUAAGGAACUUAUUGAAGCUUCAUGACGGCAGUUCUUCACGUUUUUUAUCUACAUUUAGAGUAACUUACUGUGAGUUUCGUCACUUUUUAUCCAAAAUUUCUGAUGCUGAAGGGGAAAAGUUAGAACUGCGAUGAGCCGUUCGAUCCAGCAGAGGGUGCUCUCAUCGCUACCUGACAAUUGAAUCACACUCUCAACCUGCGGGAAUGAUUACAGUGAAGCAUCCCUACUGUAACAUCCCUACACCAAGUCCGGUUACUCAUAGAUGUGGGGUGAUACUCAGUGGUACUCAAGACCACAUCGUCCUGCAGAGACAUCCCCCGACUCAUGAUGUGAUCUCCUGUGUGUGUUUCAGGUGUGAUAAAUGCUCUGAGGUGAGAGUGACAGAUCCAUGCCUUGAGGACAUCGAACCGAUUGAUGAGAAGAUCAUCGCAAAAGGUGAGGGACGGAGGAUUCGGUUCCAGUCUCAGGACUGUGGAGGACACUCAGCUUUCUUUAGGUGACUCCAAACUUGAUUAAUGGAGCUGAAGAAAAAAAAACUUUCAACAAAAUCAAUAAAUGAAUCAAGCUUGGCUCCUCUUUCUGCGGUUAUCAUCCCUCCUUUUUGCUUUUUCUGUUCAUCCACCUGUAAAAUGAAGCUCUUUUGAGACUUCACCUCAGGGCUGUGGGACUUUGUGUUGGACAUGAAAGGAUAAUCAGAAAGCUGCAGUUUUUCAUUUAGACUUCAUCCUUGAAUCCAAAAUCAAAGGAAGUUAUAAAACUGUCACCUGCUGCCAUGACGACAGUCCAUCUCUAAUUGUAAAAAGUUUCUCAGCUGUUGCGCAGAUGUGCUGAUGUUUUGACAUGUGUUCCUAAAAGCUAAUUUUUCUAGUCUAGGUUUGGGAAAACUCCGGCUGAUUUCAGGUCUGUUCUCGCUGAAGAAGCUCCUGCCAGUAAAAUGACACCGUGAACAUGUUCACAGGUCUGGGCGUGCAGCUCAUGCAGUUCGUCCUGCUGAUGAAGUUUGAGCUUCAGGACGCCACAGACUCGCUGGACGUCUUCCUGUGGAGGGACGCCGUGAGUAUUUGACCGGUUCUGUCAGCAGAUUCUGAUCCGACAUUUUCACCCUGAUGUUGUUUAUGCCUCACAUCAGGAGUUGUUCUUCGGCGUGUCGGCAGAGUUUGCAGCGGUCGGUCAGGAGGCUCAGGACCGCAUCGGUCAAAUCAUGGACUUCCUCUGUCCACCGGAGAGCAACCCUGGUACACGUUUAACAAAAUUAAACCUUAUUUUUUGCAGAAUCCAGUCUUGCUAAGAGUGUAAAACCAGGCGGCAUGGUGAGAAACUGCAUCUGAGACUCUGGAUUCAGAGAAAUGUCACAAAAAUCCUGUUUCUUGACUCGACUCUAGGUGAGCGCCCCUGGCUGGAUUUAUGUCUGAGGGCAUACCAAUCAGAAAGCAACGGAGGGAGGAGCCAAACCUGCUUUGAGAUCUGUCAGACCACCUUCACCGGCCGCCCCUCUACAGACUGAGCCCAGCUUCACCUGAACCACCUGCAGGUCAAAGGUCACCAGAAAACCAGAGUCCUGCUCCACUGUUGCGUCUCUUCUGCUUUUUAAUAUCAGUGUCAAAAUAAAAACUGAAGUUCUCAGAGAUGCUUCAGGAUUGUAAAUCUUUAAA